AAUUGAGAAGAGGCGGUGUGCGUGUCUAGGGAGUGCAUGGGAGUCUCUAAUACAGGACAAGCCCAGAAGGACCCCUUCUUUUUUCCCUCCUCCUGCUUUGCGUAGAAAAAAAACCACACGAGAUCCUGCUGGAGGGCUCUAAAAAUAGGUUGCCCCCCACCCCAGGCUGAAAGGUCCCGCCUGCGCAACGGCGAGCCUUAAGUUCACCCAGCCACCACCCGCGGAUGUAAGAGUCCGCAGUUUGCACAGGAUCUCAGCAGAUCUCCGCAAGGGGGGGGAGCAGAUCCUUUCCCCCCCUUGCCCCGCCCCCGUUUCUCUUUUCCUGGGUUGACCCCAGAUCUGCUCUACCCGGGGAGGAGGAGGAGGACGGAUCUCGGAGGGGGGAGCGGCUUCUGGGCGGCGGGGCUGCUCUCUGGAUCUGUCUCGCCGCCUUCUUCUUCCUCUUCCUCCUCCUCCUCUUCGCCUCCCCCUCCGCUCGCGCCGCUGCCUUUCCAUAAACAUCUGGAUCAGGGGAGGGGCUUUUUUUCCGCCCCUCUCUCUCUCUUUUGGAGGGGCUCUGGGCAAUUGGCAACCUCUGAAUGGCUCCGGGGGAGAGGAAAGCGCGAGUAGAAGUUUAGGUUGGUAUCCUUCACACUUUUCUUUAAAAAGACAAUUAACAAUAACGGUGAUGAUUAUGAUUGUUUUUUGGAGGGGUGUUGACUUGUGUGGAUGUGAGCAUCGGUCAGUUACUUUUGCUGGGGAGGCGGCUCCUCCCAUCUCCCCACCCCAAGAACAAAAACUAAACCAGCAGAAGGGAGAGGUGCCUCCAGUCUGGGGUUCUCCCUCUGCCACCCCCCUCCCCAAAUUUCUGCUGCAGAUCCCGGGCCGACCUCCCGGUCCUCGCCCCUGUUGCUCCAGGCGAGCCGGGGUUGCUGCAGAGCUCAUCUGGCCAAAGGAGCCGCCGCUUAGCAGAGUAGGCUUUGUGGUUUGUUUGCUUUUUGGCAAGCGGGGUGUAGAAGAGGGGCGAAAGUCUCCGGCGGGGCGACCCACAGGCCGCCGCUCCCUCCGCAGCCCCUGCCUAAGUUAGAAACGUCCCCCGGGCGCCGGGAGCGGAGGAGGGGCGUCGGUAAGCAGAUGUGGCUCAUAAAGUAGACCCAGUUCCAGAACCCGCGUUAACCCUUGCCUCUUUUUUUUUUUUAUGAAAUGGAAUCAAAACCCCUCUAGCCAUAGAAUCGGGAGGGACCCACGAGGUUCAUCUAGUCCAGCCCCCUGCAGUGCUGGAAUCUUAAUUUUCCAAAGUGGGAUUUGAACCCACGACUGUGAACGAUCCAGAGGCUCAUGCUGAUGUUCCAUUGACGUCUCUGCUUUCUGUAUCAGCUUGAGAGUUCUCUUUUCACCUAAGGCAGCUGUGGGUGUCUGGACAGGGAUGAAACUAGGCUUUAUUUCCCCUGGGGCAAAGACCCAGUUUGGCACACACACACAUGCACAUUUGCAUAUGUUGCGGACCUCAGUCCACCCCUCUGGAGACUUCACUUGGGGCAAAAAAAAACCCAGCCCCUCCACCCCCUGGCUCUGUUUUGGAAAAGGGUUUUGAGGGUGCUUUAACUACAGCUGAUUUCUGCAUUUGCGUUUGAUAAGUGUCAUAUCAAGUGAUGUUUUAAUGUGUGUGAGAGAGAAUGCCCCCCCCCAGCUAGAACUUCCAGGGAUGGCUGUGAGCAGGAUUCCUGCCUUUCAGGGGGCUGGAUUAGAUGACCCUUAGGGUCCCUUGCAAGUCUACAGUUCUAUGUUUCUAAGCAGGCGUGAAUCAAAUCAAACUUCCAUAUCUCCUCAGCUGCGCCUUAGAGUGAGCUGCAAACCACUUGGAAAUGGCUUCUGCAAGCAACUUUGCCAGCUUGCUAUAAAAGAGCAUCACUGUCUCGGUUUCAACUUCCUCAUGCUUGAUUUGAUUGGAUUUUCUCUGUUUAGUACAAGUCAUUUGAAUCUCUUGAAUUUUGGUGGGGGGUUUUUUUUGGUUUGUGUUUUUUUUAAAGAAAGACGGAAGAGAAGAGGCGCUUAUAAAAUUCCCACAGUGCUCUGCUCAAGUAUGUGAUGCUGGCUAUUACCUCCUUCCUGUGCCUAUCAUGAGCUAAUGUUAGCAACUGCUUCAGAGCCAAAUGGCUAUUGAACGGCUUUCAAUUUCCUUUAUGUAUAAAUUUAAAGUUCAACAUUUCCCCCCUCUUCCCUGGCAUGCGUACAAAUACUCUGUUUUCUGUGUUUUGUGUGAUUUAUGUGACAGGAUCCCCAGUCGCUUUUGCUGUUCCCACUCCACCCUCUUUUGAAAACAGAUCGGGAAGUAUUCUCAAAUGAAAUGGGUCAGCAAGCCUUCAGCUGACUGUUGCGGUUCCCACAUCCUUACAAAUGCUCAAGAGAUGAGCAGGGUCCUGCCUCUGGAAUAGUGUGCAAAGGUUUACCGUUAGCUCUCAAGACAAGAAGCAUUAUGUCUAAAACGAUGUAGCACAGGAACGCUGAAGAAUUGUGUUCUCUGUACGGUGGAAACGGAGUCAGAUUGAAAUGACAAGAGUUUGAGAAGAAUAAAUCGGGCGAAAGGGAGAGGGAAAUACGAUGUAAUUAAUCGAGAAGAGAUCCUCGGUUAUUCGCAAGUCGUGUUGCAACUUCCCCUUGCUCUGUUUCCCAGUUGCCGUCUGGAUUCCACCCUCUUCCUUUUUGCGGCUGCUGGUUUUAGUGACGGUUUGGAGUGGUGAUUUGGGCCUCACUCAGCAGAAUGAGCAGGAAUCUCCUCAGACGCAACAGCAGGGCCUGAACUGGCCAUAUUCUGAAGUAACCUGCAUUCCCCCACCCCUUUGGAUGGCAAACCGUAAGACUGUUCAGACUCUGAAUUUACUUCAGCGCUAAGCAUGUACAGCUAUGGUUGGCCAUAACUGGGGCGGGGGGGGGCAGCUAACAUGGCGCCCUCAAGACGAUGUUGUCCUCCAACUCCCAUCAGCCCCAGCCAGCAUGGAUGAAAGUUAAGGAUGAUGGGAUUUGUAGUCCAACAUCUGGUCUAACUCUUCCCUUGGAAGAGAGGUGGUAUGAAUAAAUAUUGAAAGGACAGAGCAGAGGUAUAGGGACUGAGGGCAGGCCCGGCCCGGCCCAGCCAUUAACCUUGGUGAGGCAGUCGCCUCAGGCAGCAGGCUGAGUACUGCUGGGAGGGGGAACAGAUCCAGGCCCUCAAGAAACUUGCUGCCUCCUGCUCCUCCCUGGCCUCUUUUCUCCCUCACUUCCUUGGAUCUUUCCCAGGCCUUCUCCAGUCACCUCAAGCAGCUGAGGGGAAGGCAGUGAGGGCCACCAUUUUUUGUUUUGCCUCAAGCGGUGAAAUGUCUUGGGCCGGAGCUGAAUGCGGGGGACCCAGAGAUGAGGAUUUUUUUCUUAAAAAAGUCAGGACCCUAAGUUACAUCUUUACUGAGUUGCUGAGAGGUAAAUUACUUGAUUUUUGCAUGAUUCGCAAACUCUCGUGUUUAUAGGAGCGUAUUGUUUGUUACCCGUUUCUUUUCUCUCAAGGAGGGGUUGCUUUUCAGCUGCAGGGAAAUGGCACAGAAUUCUCUUUUGCUACUAACAGGUCUGAGGAACCUGUGUCUCUGGCUGAACUUACAAUUCCCAUUAUCCCUGAGCAUUGGCCAUGUUGGAUGGGACUGCUGAGAAUUCUGCUUUGAGAAUAUAUGUUGAAAACAUUUAAGAACCCAUUCUUUAUACUAAAAAAGUUCAGUUAAAAACAAACAAGCCCAUAUCUAAUAAUGAUGCAAUAGUGGUAAGUUUCCUGUAUCAGCAGCAGCGUGGACAAGAUGACCUCUGACGUCAUUUUAACUCUUGAGUUCAAAGUUGUACAGUUUGUUUGCCACUCUGAGCAACCUAUCCUAAGAUUAAAAAUAUCCGAUGGCAGAGACUGCAAGUACUGUUCCUCGUUGCUUGUCAACUUACGUGCCUGUUUGGCAGUUACCUUCAUGCAAAAUGUAAAUUGUACAGUCAAAAGAGUUGCAGCAGAUAAUAUGAAGCAUGGCAGGAUCUUAGUUAAAGGCUUUAUUGUUGCUUUGAGGCACAUUUUACAGCAUGCAUAUCUAUCAAUGCCUUUUCCAAAGGUUAAAUAAGAAGCCUGAAUUGCAUUGGAAGCAAAUGUAGGCAUUUACACUGUGCAGGUGUGUGAUGUACAUUCCCUGCAUGCAUUCACUUAUUUAGGGUUGCCAUGUUUCAAAAACUGAAAAUCUGGACACAAGAGAUGUUGAACUUUUUUUUGGCAAAAUCUCAAAAAACAAAGUUUUUGAACUAUUUUUAAGGAACAUCACCAAAAACAACACUGACGACAUGUGUUGCCAUAGAGCCGGAUUUUCCUGGACGUUUUUAGCAAUUUCCGCCCAGACAGUUUCCGGCAGCCGAAUCCCGGCGAUGUCCGGGAAAUUCUGGAUGUAUGGCAACCCUAACUUAUUUUACAAAUCCGUAUGUUGCUCUUUCCACCCCACUCCCCUGCCAGUCUUAUGUUGGUUCUUCUGUUGUAGCAGCUGUGAGGAAUGCUAUCGCUGGGGAAUUUUAAGGAACAGCAGUCGGUUUUUUGCUAGUCAUUUCUUAUUGUUCGAUUGAAUCUCAUCAGUUUUGAGAUGGUGAUAAAACUUCUCUGGAAUCAAUUAUCAUUUCCCCACCCCCAGGCAUUUCCCAAAAGGAACCCAUGAUUAAAGAACAUGAAAGUAUUGGGGGAGAGGAGCCAUUUGUUAGCAGUACCCAAUUUUACUCAUACUUGGAGUAGGCCUCUUGAAGUCAAUGGGCUUACUCCGAGUAUGACUAAAUCUGGAUAAUCAGCCUAUGUUUGCAAAGUGAAAACUGCAAAUAUACAUAUAUAUCAGGCACAGCAUACGCACAAAAACAGUGUUUGUGACUAGGUGCUCCAGGGCAAGGAGGAGUGAUUUCACUUUUAAUUAUCUUCAUAUUCUCUUUUCUAGUUUCUUGAUAAUGCUUAUCUGGGUUUCGUUUUCAUUUUCAAGGAAGUAGGAAGUAAAUUGGGUAUUUCCAAUUAAGAGCUUAAUGACAGCACUGACUAGCCCUUUAGGGCACAAUAAAAUUCUUCUGCCUAAUUGUUUAUAACUGUGAGAUAACUGCAUCUUGCUCAUGAUUUAAAUUUGUCAUGUGACACAAUGAGAUGCUAGAUGUCUGAUCCGCCCAAAGUUCUAUUGACACUGAUGGCAGAGUGUGUCACCUCUCCAGCUGAAACAAAUGGGACUUAUCCAUGCAUGCAGAAAUAAGCAUUUUAAAUGGAAAUAUUUACUUUCUCAGGCUUUAGUAUUUCCUCUCUGUUUAAUUUCUCCUUUCAUAAGUUUUCUCCAUGAAUGUUGGAAUGGUUCUUGCUGGAGUGCUGAGUAAAAUAAGAAGAAUUAAAUUGCUAAAGGUUUUUCUGUAGCACAUAACUGUUGCACAGAAAUGGCGCAAUAAGAUUUUGUGGUUCUUCUUUUCUUUUCUCGCAAGGACAGAAGAGUCUUGCAAUGUUGCACUGAACUGUUUUCCCGUAGGUUGCUUGGAGACCCAGCAAUUUAAUUGGGGGCUUAAAUAAAUGUUGCGGUUGUUCGUUGUUUUUAUUUAGGGAAUGUAUGUGCUGCCACUAUCAAUCGGGUACAAUGGUAGAGUGAUGAUUUGUGCCCUCCAUGGUGUCCCACAGACUAUGAACGUGAAAAGACAAUAGUUAAAGCAUUAAAGUCUGGGUAGAAUUCCUAAUAGAACUUGGGAGGAUAGAUGAAAUUCAGUCAUGUAUGGAAUUUCCAUUAACUUCCCUUCUACCAGCCUUAAGCAUUGCAUUAGCAAAUAUGUUAAUCCCACUUUAUGCUAAACAGGAGUCCCUCUUACCGGGAAGUUAGAUAUGUUGGCGUAGGUUUGCUGAGGGUACCACAUUGGGUACCUUGAUCUACAUGAAUAGUAAUCAUGGCUGGUUCCAGUGGUUCCUUCAAAGGUUAUCCUACAUGCAAAGGUUAUCCUUCUCUUCCCAGUGCAAUUCCCCAUCACUUUCCUUACUGCAAAAAAUGGUGAGGGACAGUGGGUUUGUUGCACAAGAGCUCCAAAGCAGCUUUAAGUGUGCAACCUGAAUUCGGCAGUAUGUGACUGAAUCCCACCCAAAAGUAGUGACUGUCUGAAGGGAGACAAGCUACCGUAUUUUUCACUCUAUAAGACGCACCAGACCACAAGACGCACCUAGUUUUUGGAGGAGGAAAACAAGAAAAAAUAUAUUCUGAAUCUCAGAAGCCAGAACAGCAAGAGGGAUCGCUGCACAGUGAAAGCAGCGAUCCCUCUUGCUGUUCUGGCUUCUGGGAUAAUUGCGCAGCCUGCAUUUGCUCCAUAAGACGCACACACAUUUCCCCUUACUUUUUAGGAGGGGAAAAGUGAGUCUUAUAGAGCAAAAAAUACGGUAGUUCUUGAAGCUACUUCUUCUCUGUUCCUUCAUAGGGAAUCCUGGGUCGCAUUAGAUAUGUUGGCAUUAACGCAGAUAACCGAUGUAAUUCUCCACCAUGGUUCAGGUCGAUGACGAGCAUGCAACCUGCUUCUGGUCUCUUUAUCGCUACUUAAAAGACAGUUAGCAUGACAUCUGCCCAGGCCCUAGGAGUUAUUGGCAUGCAAUGCUACUAAAGAAGGACAGCAGGCUGUGUUUCUGAUGCUGGCGCUCAUGAAGUCAGCCUCUUAUGUAUGGCUGCGACAUUGGUAUGCAUUGUGCUGGAUGUGGCACAAGGGGUUUACCGACUGUGCAGCAAGGAAUCAACAAGAUAUUGUUUGGUUUCUGAAUGGAACUGGGAGAAUAGUGCUAACAGCUUUAUGUCAGGGUGCUUCUUCCAGGAAAUUAAACAAUGAAAUAAGUGUUUGGAUCACAGCGGCCUUGUGCUAUGGGUUGGAUAAUUAAAUAAUGGAAACCUCUGUAAAAGUUUUAGAACUUUAGCCGCUGCAGAGAUGCAUUAAAAGCAAACAGGAUUGCAAACAGGAAGCUGCCUUAGUAAGGAACUUUUAAUGCUUAUAAGGAAGCUAAUGAGCUAUAGUUCCCUUAGAGGAAACCACACAGAAGUUUUUCAGAAAUUGCCUCUCACCGGCUUCAUGGGACCUCUCUGGAUUCCUGCUCCGCCUUGCAGUGGAGUGAAGCAAUCUCCUUCGAUGUCACCAUAAGGGGCAUUGAUGAAGGAAGGAGCUGGUGUCUGGUAAGACGUUUUAAAAGUGUGUUGGCUCUUGCUUGGGCGGUGGGGUUUGUGUGUGUUAAGAAUCAUGAUGACUCUGCUUCGGGUAUGGUCACCCUUCUGGGGGCGUCUAUGGAAAAUGCUUUAAUUGAUGCGAGGGGGGAAAUGGCUUCACCUAUGUUGGGUAAGAAGUGGAGACUAAGGGUGAUAUCCAGUGUUGUGCAAGCGGAUCUUCCUUCCCUCCUCCUCCUCCCCCUCCUCCCCACCUGCAGUCCCCUGUGCCUCCCCAAAUAUGCUCUGAGUGUAUCCCAGAUUUGGGAGGGGGCUGCAGGAAGAGCAGGAGAGCAUUUCACUGAAGAUGCACAUCACUGGAUUUCACCUUUGAAGAAACCUCUAGAACCGGCCUUUGGAGAACAUCAUGUUGUCUACGCUGAUAUAGAGAUGGACAUUGUAAUCAGGUUGUAUCUCUUACACUGGAUAAUACUGCCCACUUUAAUGUGUGUGUUUUGUAUUUGGCGGUUUCUGUAGCAAGUCUUUCCCAAUUGCAGAAGGUGAAUUUGAUUUCAAUAUAAGGGAACUCCAUCUUCUACCUGAGAUCUUUCUGUUGCCUCACUGCAUAAGGGUUCUGGGGUUCAGAUUCCAGAUUCAGGGUUGUAUUCAGCUAAGAAAGUCCUACUCAGAGUAUACCCACUGAAAUUAAUGAACCUAAGUUAGCCAUGUGUGUUAAUUUCAGUAGCUCUACUCUGAGUAGGACUAGCAUGGUCCAUACCAUUCCAGGAAAUGUUGCGAAUAUCUUCCAUGAAGGAAAAACGGUGCUAGGAUAGCAGAAAACUGACCUUGUGGUGCAGUUUAGUGUUGCCCUUUUUUAAAUAAGUUGCUUGUUUUUUUGGAUUCUGAAAUGCAGUUUCAAUUUUUAAAAAAGGAUUUAUUAGACAGCUAACUUGGCACUCAGUUAGGUAAAAUCAUCUGCUAAUUUCUAGCAGCUGUAGAAUCUACUUGUGUUUCAGAAGAAGGACCCAAGGUUCUCAAACUUGACAUCAUUUUAUCCUUAUCCUACUACGAUGAAGGUUACUUUUAUUUUUAUACAAGCUGAUAUGAAAAAAUCAGAAAGCGGACAAAAGUUGUUGUAAUUUAUUUUGUAUAUUUUUACCCUGCCCCUUCAACCAAGAUUCCAGGGUGGCUUACAAAAACAUAAUGCAGUUAAGACAGGUUAAACACACACACACACACACACACACACACACACACAACCCUAUGGACAUUACUAAGAUAAGCAAGCCUAAGAGAACAGCAUAAAACAGUUGUUGUGAGCAGGAAGCAGCACAAUCCUUUAAAUCCUAGAGAUCGGAUGGAACAAUGAAAGCCACAACUGCUGCAAGCAUCAGAAAACACAUUGUAGUGAUAGACUGUAGGGAGGGUUGUAUGCUCACUGACAGCUGUGUGCAUUGCAUAAGGCCCAAUUGUCUGGUUAACUUGGCAUGGAAGAUGAGCCUGGAUACCAUGCCAGACUACAUGUGUAUUGCAAAAAAAAGGGGAAAGAGCAGCUUACCCCAAAAAUUCCCCUUGAAGUCACACCAAUGAUAUGGAAUUGCACAAGGGCACUAAUCCAGUCUACAUCUUGGAGAUAAAAAUAUGCAAUACACACUUUGAAAGCUGUUGGUUGGAUUUGUUCAUGUUUCCUGGUUUAAAACACCCAUGAGGUUGAUCGAGAGAUUCCCCAGUUAUUGACCUAGUAUUGUCUAUAGUAAGGGUAGCCAUCAUAGUGUUCCCCAUGGUUUUUGGGACUUCCAACUUCCAUAUUUCUCCUACUAGGAGUAUUGUGCUUUUCCAGUAUCCCAAAGCCCAGUUCAGAUGUAACAGUAAACCAUGAUUUUGUGUUGCAUGCAGGAGUCUAAGGGUCUUCUUUCCUCUCAUUGGCUCUAAAUCCUUCCCUUCUGUAGGUUUCUGUUGCAGCUGAACUGGCAACCACGGUUUGCAUUCGCCCUCAAAAUGGCAAAACCUUAUCAACAGGCCAUGGUUAUAGUGACUGCGUUCUCACACACCAAUCAGCCAGAUUUUCUGGCUCAUUGUGGUUGACAAGAAGGAGCAGCAGCAUAUCAGUGCUCACUUUCCAAUUGCUCCCUCCUUGGUGUAAGCAGCAUAAACAAACCAGGCAGGCUGAAGGGAGAAACUUGGCUUUGUGUUCUGUCCAAACCAGGGAUCAUGGCUUAUUGGCUUCCAGCGCCAGCAAUUCAGGCAACUUAACAAGCCAUGAUUGUUGUUGACCAGCGAUCUUGGCUUGUUAGGGAGUAACACAUCCCUGGUUUGGACAUAAUUCAAAGCCAAGGCUUCCCGUUUAUCUAUUUUGCACCAAGGGAAGAGCAGAGUAGGAACUAUCAGGCAGAGGGCACCAGCACUCUGAUACACAAGAAACUCUGACUUGCCUUAUGCUUUAAAGAGGGAGGGCAUGUGUGGUUCGGAGGCUCCUGUAACACCAAACUAUGGCUUGACAUUACUUCUGAAUUCACCCUUUAUCAGUCUAUCAAGGGAAACCGUCCAUGCGAAUUUGCUUUUAAAAAAAUAGAUCUAAAUCUUUCCAGGUAAUGCCCACAUGUCGUAGCUAGCUUUGAUGUUAAAAUAACCCAAUUUACUAUGCUAUGUAAAUGCCACGCAAUUACAAUCAUUCCUCACUUGCAAGCAUUUUCUGCUUGCCUGACAAAAUGAUCUCCCCUCUCCUCCCCCUGUGUUCUGUUUUUGGGGAUCUCCUGUCAUUCCCACCCCUAGCUGAUUUUGGGGGAAGUGCAGUUCCAAAGUAAAAUUUACUCAUAAAAUGAGAGCACUGUUUUCUAAAUUUAGUUCUGGUUGUUUUAAAAAUGGCUCAGCCUCGCUCUCAACUUUCUUUCUGAUUUGCUUCAGUUUUAAAACCUCAGAGUUGCCGUUCUGUUCUCAAUCAGGGUAUAAACGUGUGUGUGUGUGUAACAGUUUAAACAACUCAUGUCAGUUAAACAUAAAGGAGAAUGAAAACAGCUGGUUACAAAACGUGGCUUGCCGAUAGUUUUAUGCAAAGUUGAUUUUUCUGUGGAAAUCCCCUCUGCUUCUCAAUUACACCAUACUUAGUCACUGUGGGAGGAAAAGCAUAGCUGUCCCCACAAAUUAGCGAACCAGGAGACCUAAGAAAAUCUGAGCAACCUUCUGUUUUUCCUCCUUGUAGCUUUUGAAGAAGCUGGCUAGUGCUUCAGCCAUACUUUUUCUUUUUUAGCUUCCAUCAUCUCUAAAUUCAGCUGAUCUUUCCUUUUAACUCUCAUGAGGAAAGAAAACUGCAAACUCUGAGCUGCAGUUAUGUGGCUUCUAAAAUGGGAAGCUCUCACUAACCGACAAGUUCCCCUCCUGUGAUUAAAAUUUAGGCAUAUGCUUUGAGUGGUUGAGGUUCUUGUUUUUGUCUUUUUAUUUUUUGCUGCUCCUGUGGUUCCAGACACGUUGAUUUUUAUUUGAGAUGUUCUGUGGUCAGUGUACAACGUGAUUUAUUAGCUGGGCAAUGGCCUGGUUGUCUCGGACUAGGGUCUGAACUAGCUUUCCAUGGACAAACACCCUCCUUUCUUAACAAAGGCAGACUCCUAGGUUUGGGAUUCUGUUCACUGGAGAUAGCAUGUGCUAUUGUGCAGAUUAGGGGUACAGUCAAACUUCGGUUCUCACAUGGCUCCGUUUUCGAACGUUUUGGCUAGUGAACACCAAAAACCCAGAAGUAACUGCUCCAUUUUUUGAGCAAUUUUUGGAAGUCAAACGUGUUACGUGGCUCCCGUUUUGAGUUUCCCUAUUUUAUUGAAGCUUCCGGUUUCAGUUUUUGGUCGUCAAACAUUUUGGAAGUCGAACAGUCUUUCAGAAUGUAUUGUGUUCGACAACCGAGGUUUGACUGUACCGUAAGAGGGGUGCAAAGGCAGUAAGAGUCCCUCAACAAUUGCCUUCCUCCUGUGUACAAUGCUGGCAGCGUCAAGCCUCACUUAUUAUUGGGCAGAGUCACAUGAGCACUUGUGCAACAACAGCUGGUCUCUAAAUAGAAUCAGUGCAGAUUCCCAGAACCUUUUUGUGUCAGUCUGUUAAAAGCAUCUCUAUGACCCGACACCAAGUGAAGAGGAGGGUUUGCUUUUCUUAGAAGCGUAUAGUUUGCAUUUAUGGUCUUGCCCCUGUUCUUGAAAGGUCAGGGCUGACAGCAAGUUUAUUAUCCACAAUCAAUGGGAUUUUGGAAGGAUCUAAGAUACUCUUGCAUACAUGUGCCAUUAAAGCAAGCCCAUGCUUAUUGAAUUAAAAAGACCUUGCAUUUCCUCUGGGAGGCGGAUCAGCCUCUACUUUUGGCACACCUUCAAAGACAGAGAAUUCCAGAGCCAGAAAGCAGUUAUCGAGACAGAGUGUUUGCUAAACUCGUUGCUAAUUGCCGAUCUCCCUGCAUUAAAUACACCAAGGCUUUAAUCGUGAGUUUCGCAUUAGGCUCCUGCCUAACUUGUGAGGCAAGGUCUGUUGCCACGUCUGGAAGAGUUGCAGAGCAACCCAGUUCUGUCAGUAAUAGCUUAGAAACAGAAAACCAUAUUAAAAUGCCUGCUACAGUUCACAGAGUUAUCACUGUUGGGGGGGAAGGGGUGAUGGUGUUUUAGAUAUGUACUCUGAAGCCUUUUGAGAAGACAGUGUGAGAAAUAUGAGCAUUACACUUUAUUAAUUUGCGUGUCUGAGUGGUACUGCAGGCUUAUUCCAAACGCUCUGGAAAACAGGUCUUGAGGCAGCUUAGAAUAAUAAUUCAUGCACAAGAAUUUCCACUGCCCAAACAUAACCAGAUGGUUCAGUGUCCUGUGUUAACUCCGCUGCUUAUUUUCAAAUCCAAAUACUUGGAUAUUUACUGGCUGGGGAGCAGAGAGCUACAGUAUUCCACACAACGUCCUGCUGCAGAUUUCAAAUGUCCUAAUGCUACUUCGUUUGAUAUAAUAGGAGGCAGCCAUCUGGCAGCCUUUCCUGUAAUCUUGGCCCAGUUUCAGGAACUCAUUCCUCUGUGCUGAUUGAAAUUCCAGCCAUCCUAACUGUCAAUGUGCAUGUGCUGGGGGACUUCUUAAGAUAUCUAACGAUCAUGUUUUAUAUAACGUGGUUAAAGUAUCCAAAACGCUUUGCCUCUGCUUCCGGUUCCGCUCUGCCUUAAUGGGACAGGAAGAAACACCACGGAAAUAAUAAUUGCCACACACACAGGAAGAACAAGCAUAUAGUUUGAGCUGCAGUUUUACAAAUCAUUUAAUGUGUCAACACGAAUAUCUUGCCAGACCCAACCAUCGCCAACUCUUUGUGGGUACCACCACACAAGCCAGUUAAGGGAAGCUUUAACGGGGGGGGGCCACGACCCUGAGUGGACUUUGGUAAUCUUCCGUAAUAAGAUGCCCUGUGCGAGGUCAAAAUUUGGCACACCCAAAUGGAUCUUCUCAAUUAUGGAUUGUCUCAAUUUUGCACCCCCUUGGCUCAGUGUGCCACCCUAAAUCUGGUGCUGGCAGCACCUUCCUGUUUUGCCUCAGGUGGCAAAAUGGGGCGAGCUGCCCCUUCUUAAGGUCCAUAAUUAUAUAGCUUGAUGUAACUUUAUGUACUAGCACCUCAAUUUGUUCGCUUCCCUCUUCUAUUCCCAUUACUUUUUUUCUCUUUCUUAUUCCAAAGCAAGAUACUUUUGUGGUACGUACAAUUGACAUGCUAUGUUGCAUCGCAAAACGUGGCGUUUAGUUUGCCACUGCUCUCCCCGAUGACUCCUGCUGCUGCCUCUAUUUCCUUUUGUUAAUUAUCAGCACCUUAGGUUGCUGCAAAUUAGCGAACAGUAGGUGAUAGUUACUGGGGUGAACUAGAGCAUGUGAGAUAUAGGACAAAGUCUCCCGUUGGUAUGAGUAUUUAAUGCAUACCUAAAGCAACUGCUUCACAAAGUUUCAAAUAAGCACAUGUCACUGGUGACCAGAAAGUUAAUUUCUACACACAGAGAGAGAGAAGUUUUCCAGGUUUCAACAAAGUUUCCUUUUGAAGCCUUCAGACUAUAGAGCAAGAUGUGCCAAGCUUGCUUUGUACCAAUGUAAAAUUCUCCUAUUUCAGCUUUAAGCUUUUCAUGCCCUUUUAGAAGUUAUGAUGUUCUUAAUUCACCUCCUGUGAAUUCAGUGCUUUUCUUUCUUUCUUUCUUUCUUUCUUUCUUUCUUUCUUUCUUAGAAAAAACGGUGCCGGUACCCACCAUGAAGUUGAUACACUUUUAACAUUACAGUGGUACCUUGGGUUACAGAUGCUUCAGAUUACAGACUCCGCUAACCCAGAAAUAGUACCUUGGGUUAAGAACUUUGCUUCAGGAUGAGAACAGAAAUUGCGCAGUGGCGGCGCGGCAGCAGCGGGAGGCCCCAUUAGUUAAAGUGGUACCUCAGGUUAAGAACAAUUUCUGGUUAAGAACGGACCUCCAGAAUGAAUUACGGUAAGUUCUUAACCCGAGGUACCACUGUAUUAUUUUUUAAGGUGCUGGUACUGUGUAUCCUUCAAUCCCCCAAGAAAAAAGCUCUACCUUUUCCUUCGCUGCUGUAGCUCACACCUUCUUAACAUAUUCUACUGGUUUCAUACUCCGUGCAGGAGAGAUGUAAACUCUGUUCACCAUUGCCAAAAUGUGGGUGAUGCACAGCAUCAAGUAGCAAAUAAGCACUAGGGAUCUAUAUUAGGGCUGGGUGGGCGAGAUCGGAGUUCCCAGACUCAUUUCAAGGAACCAGGUGGCAGAUUUGAACCAUCCCAAUAAGGGACCCCUGACCAUUAGGUCCAGUCGUGACCGACUCUGGUUGUGGCACUCAUCUCGCUUUAUUGGUUGAGGGGGCCAGCGUACAGCUUCCGGGUAAUGUGGCCAGCAUGACUAAGCCGCUUCUGGCGAACCAGAGCAGCGCACGGAAACACCGUUUACCUUCCCACCAGAGCAGUACCUAUUUAUCUACUUGCACUUUGACGUGCUUUUGAACUGCUAGGUUGGCAGGAGCAGGAAGUGAGCAACGGGAGCUCACCCCGUCGCAGGGAUUCGAACUGCCGACCUUCUGAUUGGCAAGCCCUAGGCUCACCCCAGCAGUAUGAGGACCAAAUUUAGCACCGAAGUGAAAACUAAUCUGAGCCUCCAGAAGUGGGAGGCGGCUGCCUCAGCGUACCUCAUGGGCGAUCUGGCCCUGACCUUAGAUCAGGAAUGGGCAACCUGUGGCCCUCCAGAGGUUGUUGCCCUGAUCUCCCCUCGUCUUCGGACAGCAUGCUGUCUGAAGCUGAUGGGAGCUGGAAUCCAACAAGCUCCACAGGAGUCAUAGAUUAGCCAUCCCUGCCUUGGGAUGCCUAGCUGUACCUGAGCACACCGUUUUCAGGUGGAGGAGCUGCCGAAAUGGGUAACUGCUCUGAGCUGACUCUGUGGAGUAGGAUUUCCGGGCUUCCCUCUCCCUCAGAUGCAGCAAGGGGAGAAUGACUGUUGAGGGAAACAGUUCUGGGAUGGGAGGAAUGAAUGAAAGGCAGUUGGUGCCAGCCACCUCUAGGCUCUUCGUAGGGACAGGGUGUCCCCACUGCUGCUGCCACCGCCUCCCAAAGCGGCUCUGGAUGUCAGGCAGAAAGUUUAGGGUGGAGAACAGCGCAGGUGACUCACCCUUUUUGUUUAACACCCGAAGACAGAACCUAUUCAUCUCCUGUUCCUUUCACAGAGCAAUUCCUGGAGUGGUUUAACAGGGAAGUCUGGGAAUUGUAGCUCUCUGCUGGGAAUAGGGGUCUCAACAGCACCCGCAGCCAGUAAUUAUUGGGGUGGAAGCCAUGGCUGUUUAAAGUGGCGUCAUAGUGCUUUCAAUGUGUGGUGUGAAUGUGAUGGAAGAGAGGCCUGCUACUGUCAGUAAAUCGUGCUAGCGUUUUUCCUCUCAAGUCUUUCAAAAUUAAGAUUGGUUUUAAAGACAAUGGGGACAGUGUGUCAUGAGCAAACAUCAAGUCACUUCCUGAACUCUUCAACUUCCCUUCAAGUUCUUUCGUACUCAGGGGGUCUACCACAUUAUAUAUAUAUAUAUAUAUAUAUAUAUAUAUAUAUAUAUAUAUAUAUUCCUGCUGACUGAGGGAUCGCUUCAGCUGUGUGUGCAAAUAAAAUGAAAUGAAAUGAAAGCAUAAAUAACCAGCAUUUGCAUUUUCAGCUUUUGGGUGCAACUUCCCAGUGAGGUUUAAACUGCAUGGGCAAAUGGGAGCUUCGGGAAGAAGUAGCCACCUGACACUGUUUAUGUGUGAAAGCACGAUCCAGUACGCAUGGUUUGCAUGGCCAAAAUCUCAGAUUUGAUUUGUUCACCAGCACUUCUGGCUGAAAGGAUAUUUUGCUGUAGUUUGGGGUGUGCAUGUGGAAUACUGGACACGGUGGACCAUAGGCCUGGUUCAAUAUAAGGCAGCCCCUGAUAUAAAGCUUAAGCCAGGGCUGGCAGUAUAUCUAGUAGUCCUCAUUACUGUACCUAAGGACAAUAGACUCAACAUUUUAAUGGCCAAGGUUCAGAGAUGAUGCAAGUUGUAGGCUAGCAACAUCUGCAGGGCCACAGUUUUCCCAGACCUGCUUUAAUUAAAAGAGGAAGCCUCCUUGUAACAAAGUUUGCCACAAAAUGGGUGCUGGGUGAAGUGGGACCCCUGGCAAAGCAACCCAGUUCGAAUCAAGGUUCUCUAAAUGUGAAUAGAGCUUAUCUUUCUUUUAAUUGGGGGUAGUCGUAUCUGACUGUGCCCAAACUGGUGAGUGGCGUUUGUGUGCAGGAGUGAGUGGCAGAUCUUGCAUAAUAAAUAUUAAAAUCUUCUUCUUCUACUACUACUACUACUACUACUACUAUUAGUACCUUCUACUAGUGGUACCUCAGGUUAAGUACUUAAUUCGUUCCGGAGGUCCGUUCUUAAUCUGAAACUGUUCUUAACCUGAAGCACCACUUUAGCUAAUGGGGCCUCCUGCUGCUGCCGCGCCGCCGGAGCACGAUUUCUGUUCUCAUCCUGAAGCAAAGUUCUUAACCUGAAGCACUAUUUCUGGGUUAGCAGAGUGUGUAACCUGAAGCGUAUGUAACCCGAGGUACCACUGUGUAUCCUACUGUUCCUCUGAGGAGAUUAACGUGGUUUGCCUAGUUCCUUCCUGCUCCUUUUCAAGCUCAUAAGAGCUCUGUGGGGUCUGCUCUGUGUCUAAGACAGCGUUUCUCAAACUUGGGUCUCCAGCUGUUGUUGGACUACAACUCCCAUCAUCCCUAGCUAGCAGUGGUUAGUGAUGCCGGGAAUUGUAGUCCAAAAAACAGCUGGAGGCCCAAGUUUGGGAAACACUGUCUUAAGACAGAGCAGACCCCACUUUUUUAUAACUAGGAAGCCAGAGUUGGUGUGUUUGUGUGCUGGCUAGGCACUUGGGCCAGAACUAAAAGAUCAGCCUUUGCCAACUUGCUGUGCUGCAGCUGUCUUUGGACUCUGACUCCCAUCUAGGUGAGGCUGAUGGGAGUUGUAGUGCAAAGCAGCUGCAGCACACCAGGUCAGCGAAGGCUGGGGUGGACAAACCACCUUUUCUCUCUUUUCAGCCUGGUAGGAUGGCAGUACUGCCAUGCAUAUAAAUGCAAUAUUUCAGUACAGGAGCCUGAGACAGUGACUGCUCAGUACUUUGUGGAAUGAAUAAAACUGCUUCGUUCUGGAUACAGUUUUGCAUGUGAAUAGAGAUGAGGUUGUAAAUGCAAAUCUAGCAGUGCCACCUUCCUCCUUUGGCCCAUCUUUAAAUGGUUAUAGGGCCUCUCCGCAUUUCAAAUUCUGUGUAAAUGCUAGCUCCCAUGCUACUUCCUGUGGUUUUUACUUGCAGUUUGCAUCACUGUCUGCUAACUUUCUUUUUAUCAACUCUGCUACAUCUUCAGUGGUAAUCUUCCAUGGGAUUUUGGUACUUUUCCUCUAGCCUGUUCUAGGUAGGGGAUGGGGGAUCUUCCAAGCUCAAGUUUGCCAAGAUGGCAUUAACGGAGUUGUAUCUGCAUGAAUUGUACCUAAUUUGGAUGCGGGUGGCGCUGUGGGUAAAACCCUAAUUGGGUAAAAUUCCCUAAUUGGGAAUUGGGACGCGGGUGGCGCUGUGGGUAAAACCUCAGUGCCUAGGGCUUGCCGAUCGCAUGGUCAGCGGUUCGAAUCCCCGCGGCAGGGUGAGCUCCCGUCUUUCGGUCCCAGCUCCUGCCCACCUAGCAGUUCGAAAGCACCCCUAAAUGCAAGUAGAUAAAUAGGUACCGCUUUAUAGCAGGAAGGUAAACGGCGUUUCCGUGUGCUGCGCUGGCGCUGGCUCUCCAGAGCAGCUUCGUCACGCUAGCCACGUGACCCGGAAGUGUCUGCGGACAGCACUGGCCCCCGGCCUCUUAAGUGAGAUGGGCACACAACCCUAGAGUCGGACACGACUGGCCCGUACGGGCAGGGGUACCUUUACCUUUACCUGCAUGAAUUAGUCAAAGGAAAACCUUAGUUGUGUUUGUAUAAAAGAGACUCUUAUUGCCUCUGUUCCAAAAUUAAGAACGGAAGAAAAACCCCGUUGAAUCAAGCCAGUGACCCAUCAAGUCCAGCAUCCUUUUUCACAUUGGCCAACCAGAUGCCUAUGGAAAACCUAAAAACAGAACCUGAGCAAAAAAGCACUCUCCCCCUUUGUAAAGGUAAAGGUACCCCCGACCGUUAGGUCCAGUCGCGGAUGACUCUGGGGUUGCAGCGCUCAUCUCACUCUAUAGGCCGAGGGAGCUGGAGUUUGUCCACAGACAGCUUCUGGGUCAUGUGGACAGCUGUUUACCUUCCCGCCAGUGUGGUACCUAUUUAUCUACUUGCACUUUGACGUGCUUUCGAACUGCUAGGUGGGCAGGAACUGGGACUGAAGAAUGGGAGCUCACCCCCUUGCUGGGAUUUGAACCGCCGACCUUCUGAUCGGCAAGCCCUAGGCUCUGUGGUUUAGACCACAGUGCCACCUGUGUCCCACUGUGCCACACUGGUAAAUUGGACUUCACCCCUACCUAUAGCUCUUUCUGCUUUUUUAAAUAAUCAAGGCUGGGUUGGACCUUUGUGCUCAAUAAGCCAAAGUGAAGGCUUUUUUUGUGGCAGAAGGUGACCCUGUUUUGAAACCUUUGCUGAUUCUUCCUAUUGCAUGAGUUUCUUUCAAAACUUCCUGUGGCUCACACCACAGUCCAUGUUCUCUGAUCGCAAUACAGUGGCUUGGAAGCUACAUUCCUACCUAUAAGCAAUUUUUAACUGUCUAGUGCAAUUGUUUCCCAAACAUGGGUCUGCAGAUGUUUUCGGACUACAAUUCCCAUCAUCCCUGCCCAUUGGUCUUGCUGGCUAGGGAUGAUGGGAGUUGUAGUCCCAAAGCAGCUGGAGACCCAAGUUUGGGAAACACUGAUCUAGUGAAACGGAGAGAGAGAGAGAAAAAUACUCUGCUGCGGAAAAGCUUCCAUGACAGGAUGGAGUUAAUGGGAGGAAUGAAAUGUUUGUGUGUGUGUGUGCUCAUUCACAUUUGUGUGGUCCUGUCCCCUCUGCCAGCAGCAGGCCACAGACAGAGCAUGGUUUAAAUGAGUCAGCAGUGUGGCACCACAAAAGAUUUCAAUGCAUGCACACAGUGCAAGCUUUAUUUAAUAUGGCGUUGAACUGACCGGAGGGCCAUUCCUGUAACACUCCUAAUUGUCUCCUUGCGUUUACCCUUUUAAGUUUUAGAGCGCUCUGAGCGGAACAAACAAAAGAUAGCAGAAUUAUGCAAACAAAUGGGAUGCAUAAUAACGUGAGGUAUAAAUAUUCUCCGAGUCGAAACGAAGUAGACGGAGCAAGUUUUUUUUUAGCAAGAGGCAGUGUGGGGAAGUGUGGUGUCAUGUGGCUAUGUGACAGGAAACUCAGCUGAAAGCUGAGGUGAGCUUCAGACGUGACGGCUCUCCUACUGUUGAAGACAGUGCAGGUCUGUGUUUUUCUUUUUGCAGCAAGUUUUUAUUCUUUUCGAAUAUGAGUGUUAAUGUGUGUGUUUAAGGUUGUCGUGGUUGGGGUAGGACGAUUGUAGCAUGAGACUUUCACUAGGACAGCGCUGAGCUUCUGACUUGCAAGGUCGCCCAAAAGAUGCAUAUAACAGGGAACAAUUAAUAUUCAGGUUGGUGGUUCAGUUUGUAUGUGUGUGUGUGCUGGUGAACUUACCUGUCUGUGAGAAGAUGAGAAUUUUAAUAUUUUGGUAGUGAAAGCAUGUUUUAUUGUUGUGGCACCAGCGGUUCUCAACCUGUGGGUCCCCAGAUGUUGUUGGACUACAACUCCCAUCAUCCCUGAGCUCUGGCCUUGCUAGCUAGGGGUGAUGGGAGUUGUAGUUCAACAACAUCUGGGGACCCACAGGUUGUGAAACACACACACACAGCUGGGGUGGGGAGAACCUUGAACUGUUAUUGUAAUUGGCUAAUGCAAAAGACUUAAGGCUGCAAUCCUAUACACAGCUAUUGUCAAUUCGUGUGUUUCUUUUUUGGUCCGUUUAGGUUUUCUGUUGUUUGUUUUUGUUUUUGUUUUCUUUUUCUCUCUUUUUUAUGUACGGUUGUUUCAUUUUUCUGUUUGCUUAUGAAAAUUAAUAAAAAGAAUUUUUUUAAAAAAUUGUCCAAUCGUGCCUCCUUUGGAGUAAGGCCCCUUGAAUUUAGUGGGAAUUAAAUUAUAUGUGCUUUUGUGUAAGCAUGCCUAGGAUUGUGCUGCAGAUGUGGCUGCUCCUUUAGUGGAGUUUGCUAGCUCUGAAAUGCUAUUACUGAUUUCAAUACUUACAGUGCCUAAUAAUUUUCUAAGCCCUGCACGUAUAUUAAAAGAGAGCACAAGGGCCUGCUUGUGAGCUUGCGGCAUAAUUAGAUGCAAAAUGAGCGAAGAAGAGGAAAGCAAGCGUUGCGGCUCCUCCAGGGGCCGGUGAAUGGAGCCAGGUUGGUCUCCCCUUUGUCAUGGUGUUCUCCUUGGAUGCAGACAAAAAUCAUAGAAUUUGUAGAGUUGGAAGGGACCACGAAGGUCAUCUAACCCAACCCCCUGCAAUGCAUAACUCUUUUGCCCAGUGUGGGACUUGAACCCACAACUCUGAGAUUAAGACUCUCAGUGCUCCAUGGAGCUCUGGCCAAUGGCAUAAGCCAGAGUGUGCCUCCUUUUGCUUCUUCAGUCCCUGGGCAUCGAUCUGAUUUUGCUUUCUUCUUUGUCUUUGUCUGAAACGUGUCUCACUUAAACCCUUUUUGCUCCAAGAGUAAGAAGAAAAUCUUCCCAGCAUCCAGACAAUUGCUGGGCUUGGUGUAAGGGGCCUAACUGGUAGGAUCAGAUAUUCUUUUUUCCCCUCCUCUGGACCUCCUUCCUCCCCAGGCUGUAUCACAAGCUGUUUUUGAAACUUCCAUCAGUUUCAAUUGCAGUCUUCCAGCGGACGACGGGGGGGGGGGGUUGCUUUUGGAGGAAAAACAAGUCCAAAAGUGCAUUUAAAGUCACAGAACCAGUUGGGUGGUUCUGUGGCCUCUGUCCUUCUCUGUGAAUAACUUGCAUAUUCUUCUGAAAAUUCAGGGUAGUGCUGAGACUAGGACUGGGCGGGGGAGGGGGCACCCAAGUUGAAAUACAUUCUCAGCCAAAAAUUGCCUGACCGGGUAGUUGUGAGGACAACAUGGUUGGGGGAGGGGAAAUGCGUGUCUCACUUUGAGACCCAGAAAGGACAUGGGGGAAAGAGCACCAACCCAAAAACUGGAUCAGUGACUUCCAAGACGUUGUCCUGUGGUCUGUCCCUAACUGUGCAAAAUAAUAUUUGGGUUCAGAAUGUUUUAUAAUAUGCUGAUUCUUGACAAUGCAGAGGUUGACUAGUGUUUUUCUACCCCCUCCUUCUGAAAAGAAAAUGUCCUUGUCAUCACAGUGGUGAAAAUCCACAACCUGUGGGGGUUUUUUUAGUUAUAGGCACAUGUAACAAAAUAAUCAGCAUUUGCUGCUGUAAUGAGACAUGCCUGGGUCAGCAGUUCGAAUCCCCGCGAUGGAGUGAGCUCCCGUUGCUCUGCCCCAGCUCCUGCCAACCAAGCAGUUCGAAAGCACAUCAGUGCAAGUAGAUAAAUAGGUAUUGCUACGGCGGGAAGGUAAACAGUGUUUCCGUGCGCUCUGGCUUCCGUCCCAGUGUCCCAUUGCACCAGAAGCAGUUUAGUCAUGCUGGCCACAUGACCCGGAAAGCUGUCUGUGGACAAAUGCCGGCUCCCUCGGCCUGAAAGCAAGAUGAACACCGCAACCCCAUAGUCGCCUUUGACUGGACUUAACCAUUCAGGGGACUUUUACCUUUACUUUUACCUUUGUAUGAUUGGAUUCACAUAAAUACUGCUAGAUCUAUGCAAUAAUGCUAUUUAUAGGGAAGAACGCAAACUUCUUUAGUGUGUUGUGCUUCUGGUGGUGAAGCCUGUGACAUUCAUUGGCUGAAGCAGCAGCACAGAAUGUUCAUAACCACCCCAACUAUUCAGGCUUCAUAGAUUAUACAUCUAUACAGCUCAGUUUCUGUGGGGGAAGGAGAAGUUGUCAGUUUGGCAAGGGAUUAGAACCUCACCCAGACCUUAGUUACAGAAGUAGGUUUGUCAACUAGUCUCACAAGAAUGAGGGAACUAGAGGGUUGCAAUCUUGGAGGUAACAUGGCUGAAUCAAGGGACCCAACUCAGUAAAGGAACCCAGCUGAGAAAAGAGAAUUGAGAGAGAGAAAGGGACGAGUGGGAGAAGGUCCUCUGAAUAAGACUCUAAGUGUGGUUUAAGGAGAGGAAGGCCGGGGUACAAGGGAAGGAGACCAAGAAACUGAAGGUAGCUGGAGGAAAUUGGACAAAAAGUGAGUGGUGUUUUAAGGCGGAGACCUGGGGAACUGAUGGAAUGAAGAAAGAAUAAGCAAGAGGGAAAGUCUGACCGCAGCAUAAUUUCACAAGUGUUGGAGGUACAGGAAGGUCCGUUCUGGGAACUGGAGAGAAAUGGCCAGUCAAAGGAGAUUUAGUCCUUGUAGGACCCUGGGCCAUGGAGAAAAGGAUCCAGAAGAUUACUUGAUUUAGCAGUCUUCCCCAUCCUGGUGUUUGACUACAAUUCCCAUUAACCCCUGUGCCAGUAUGGCCAGUGGGUCUGGGGUGAUGGGAGUUGUAGUCCAAAACAUCUGGCUUUUAGGAACUAGGCUCCGAUUGACGUGUUUUGCCAGUUGUGGCUUCCACUGCCACUGCCGUCAGCAUGGCGAUCUGGUGACCCUAAAGAAACAGUAGCAAGGCCCUGUAAAUAGGUGUUGUAAGGAAAGGCUGAGUUGCAAAUACUGAGUGAGCACCCACCACACUGUGUUAUAAUUUUCAGGGCGCGGGUUCGUUUGCCAGGAACGUUUAUGUUUGCUCUCUUGCACUUCUCAAGCACUUACUGCCUAUAUAGGUACACAGAGGCUGACUCUAGACACAUCAAGCGUUUCAGUUAAACACGUAAAUUUAAACUGGGAAAACAGGUAGAGAGAGAAAACGGGACUCCACAGCGCCAUCUGGUGGCGCAAUGUUUAUAUCGCAUAUACAGUGCCUAUAAAUUGCUUUUUCUUUGCCAUUCUCGCUGAGUCCAGAGAGGGCUUUCUCGCAUCACUCCUAUUGGGGCAAGUCCACAGAUGCUGCAGGGCUGUGCCACUUCCUCUUCCUGUUUCACUUGUCUAUGAAUGAAGUAGGCAAAACAGGAAGCAGCAGCCACCUCUGUGUACCAAUAUAUAUACAGGCGGGGUCACCCUGUGGAGUGCCCUCCCAUCAGUUGUCAAGGAAUUAAACAACUAUCUGACUUUUAGAGGACAUCUGAAGGCAGCCCUCUAUAGGGAAGUUUCUGAUGUUUGAUGUCUUACUGUGUUCAAAUUUAUUGGAAGCCGCCCAGAGUGAUAGGGGACAACACAGAUAGCAUCUUCCGCUUUAAGUGCAAUUAUUGCGUGAAGAUUUGUGCAAUUGCAAACCUCUGUGCACAAAAAUCAUGCUGUGAAAAAAAAUGGCCCCUGUGUCCUGCAAGGCUAUGUGUGUGACUGUACAAAACCUUUGGUUUCCAUUGUACAAGGCCAUUCACUUUGCUUCAGGUUCUAUGUUUUCUUUCACACUCGUAGCACUUCUUUGUGGACCUGUAAAAUGAAUGGAAAAUCUUUUUUGAAAGCACCACCAUUGAAGCAUGCAAAAGCAAAGCAGUGAAUGAUAGCCUGUGUUUGAUAAACGGAUAACGCUGCUUGAUGAGAAAAACUGAGAAAAGUUAGAGAAGAGGAAGUGGGAAGAGUCAGAGAGCAUUGCGACAGAGGCAAAGAAGGGAGGGGGAAAAACAAUAAGGGGAUUGUACAAAAGUGGUAACUGCGUAAACCAGAGAGGGGAGAAUUAAUUUUCCAGAUUAAAAUUAGAGCAGCAGGAAGAAGAGCAAGAAAAGACUACGCAACUAUGUAAAAAUGGAAGAAUGAAGUAAUGGUUCAGGCUAGGGCUGGGCGAUAUAUCAAUAUAUUGUCCAAAACCAAUUUGAAGUCCAUAUCGUGAUAUCAGUUUCAUAAUAAAAAUCACAAUGGAGGGAAUACCACGGAGCCACCCAAUAUCACUACAUAGCUCCAUCCUUGUUUCAGACAUCAUGAUAUAUUAUUAUAUUGCGAUGUUUAGCUGUGAUAGAUCACGAUUUUUGAAAAAUAUCUGAAGGAACAUCUCCACCCCCAUCUUUCAGCCCAGACACUGAGGUCCAGCUCCGUGGGCCUUCUGGCGGUUCCCUCACUGCCAGAAGUGCGGUUACAGGGAACCAGGCAGAGGGCCUUCUCGGUAGUGGCACCCACCCUGUGGAAUGCCCUCCCAUCAGAUGUCAAGGAAAUAAACAACUACCUGACUUUAAGAAGACAUCUGAAGGCAGCCCUGUUUAGGGAAGUUUUUUUAUGUUUGAUGUUUUAUCGUGUUUUUAAUAUUCUGUUGGGAGCAGCCCAGAUGGGCAGGGUAUGUAUAAAUAAAUAAAUAAAAUUAUUAUUAUUAUUAUUAUUAUUAUUAUUAUUAUUAUUACCCAGCCCUAGUUCAGGCUCAACAGAAAGAGAGAACAGGUAAGGAAAUGAAUCUAAGCUGCUGUGGAGGCUGAGGCAGUGUGUGUGUUUGGGGAGGGGGGGUGAGUUGAUUUUGCAAUGCUGGAGAGAGGCUGGCUUGAGAAGCCUCACCAGCGGUUCGAUGGUUCUCACGCUUCCAUCUAAGGCAGUUGAUCACAGGCCUGGGGAGCCACUGAGGUGUAGCUCGUGGCGUAUUGGAUCUGCUCAGCCAUGAAGCCGACAUCGUGACCUUGAGCUCGUUGUUAUUUGCCAGCCUAACCAACCUCGCAGCGUGCUUGGAGGACAUCUGAUGCUUGAUAAUAGGAUGUGGUAUUGGGUUCUUAUUUUUGUACAAGUGCAAUAAAAAGGACGUGCAGCCAACACACACCUGUUCCAAGCUAGGACUUAGCCUAGGGUAUCGAUACAUGGCAGCCCAUCUGCCUUCUGCUUUCAGGCCAGAACCUUUCUUCUGCACUGUGCUUCUUCCUGCUCAGAUCCUCCUGCGCUCUGCAGCUGUUGCAAGAGGUACAGCAUGCAUUUCAUUUCUUUUUCGAAUUCGCUCCCAGAAGCUUUGGCAAAGGCCACCUGCUUAGAAAUAGGUUCAAAGCAUAUUCCCUAGGAGAGGAGGCCUAUCACUGGCUAAUAUGGAACAUCCAGCUUCAGGGGCAGUCUACCAUGUAACCGGGACGCGGGUGGUGCCGUGGGUUAAACCACAGAGCCUAGGACUUGCCGAUCAGAAGGUCGGCGGUUCGAAUCCCUGCAACGGGGUGAGCUCCUGUUGCUCGGUCCCUGCUCCUGCCAACCUAGCAGUUCGAAAGCACGUCAAAGUGCAAGUAGAUAAAUAGGUACCACUCUGGCGGGAAGGUAAAUGGCGUUUCCGUGCACUGCUCUGGUUUGCCAGAAGCUGCUUAGUCAUGCUGGCCGCAUGACCCGGAAGCUGCACGCCGGCUCCCUUGGCCAAUAAAGCGAGAUGAGCGCCGCAACCCCAGCGUCGGCCACGACUGGACCUAACGGUCAGGGGCCCCUUUACCUUUACCAUGUAACCAGUGUUAGAAACUUAUAUAUAUAACCCCGGCACUAUAUGGCUCCUUAAAGCAGGGUUACAGUCGCCAAAACAUAACGCCUGGUUGCCAUUUUUGGGCCAGGUGGCUCAAAAGCCGUAUUUUUCAAUACCACUUUUGGGUUCCUGAAGUUCAUUCUGAUUGUGCAGAUAGAAUAUCAUGGAUAGAAUUCUACAGGAUGUGUUGCCACUGUGUGAAAACGAUCAAGACCCAAUGAUCUCCAGGCGUGGCACCUCCAGAUGGUGGAGACAUCAGGCGUCAUCCUGCCACCUGAGCAUCUUCACUUGGUCACAAGAGGCCGAAAGCCAAGUACAAAAAUGCGAUUGGCACCUGGCGAAUAUCGAACUCUGCACGUAACAGCAGAGGGCUUUCUGGAUGCACGUGGAAGAUCAAUCUGGGAAAAUGGGACACUGAGCUAGAUCGACCUUUCAUCUGAUCAGCUGGGUUUCUUGUAUUAUUUCUUGUGCUAUAGAUGCAAGAGCCUGCACGAGAAAAGCAGUUUGAAAAGUGGGCAGUGUGGGUUUUCUUUAAAGCUGUUUCCCUAACUUCCAAGGUUUUUUAUAUAUAUAAUUUAUCUGGCUAUUUAAGCUACCAUGCUGUUUUGUUUCAAUAGGCUCCUGUCCCGGAGCUUAGGUGGAAUUGUAAUUAAAGUGAAUUGGGGUUAAUAAAGUGCUCCUAUUAGUUGCACUUUUCUGAAAGCCCUCGGUGUUUUGUUUUUCCUGCAUAGCCCUGCGUGCCACCAGAGCUCAUUUGACCCACUAGCAUGUUUUUCCUGUUGGCGCCUGUAGGUGCCCUGCACAGCUGCCCUUGCCCUUAUACCCUCCUUUCCGCACCUGUCUGAAUUCAAGCCCUGCCGGUCAUUUCGAUUAAAAUCUUGUCCCUGGGAGUGGCUGGUGGGUGUUUUGUGUUCAGAGGGAGUAGGAGUGUGUGUGUGUAUGUGUUUUGGUCGUGCUUUUCUGCCCUUUUGGUUUGCAACAAAAAAUAAUUAAUAGGAAUGUUAUUAUGAAGCCAAUUGAGCGUUAAGUAAAGUGCAUAACAUUAGUUAUAGAAGUGUAAAAUGUAAAGUAACAGUUUAAGUGGUUCUGGCAGUGGGCUCCAUGCCCUGGCAUAUGUCCAACAUCUGCCGAACUUUGCUGCUUAGAGAUGUUAAAAUCUGUGUAUUAUUUUAUUAGCUUUUCAAAGGUGCAAACCGCGAUUUCUGCUAUUUUUUUAAAGAGCCUGCUAUAUAGACACACACUGCUUACUCCUUCUCCAGGGCCCUUGUAAACACCUCCUUUCUCUGUCAUAUUUUGAUAAUUUUUUUAAUUUUUACAAUAGACUAUAGUGUGAUGCUUUACAAACUAGCUCAGAAGUAGCCAAUGUGGUACUCUUCCCCAGAUGUUUUAGACCACAACUCCCUGACUUUUGGCCAAACUGACAUGGGAUGUUGGGAAUUGUGGUCCACAGAGGCUAGACUAGACAGUGCAAAUGAAGGAUGCAAAUACUCUUCUAAAACGUAAAUAAAUAGGGACAAAUGAUCAGCACGAGGAGGGAAGGGCAUGGGUGAGUUUUCCGUGAUGGCAACCUUGGUUAUGUAACCCUUACAAAUCUCUGCUUUUGGGGGAGCAACUCUGUGGGGUAGAUAGAAGGUUUCAUGCUCCUUGUACAGCAGCUUCUUGCAAAGGCAUUCCACAAACCCAAGCCUUCCUACUCUUCAGCUGUCCUGAAGCUCCAAAGAACUACAGUUGCAGGUGUCUUGGCGUGAUCAAAGUCUCUCAAACAAAUUAGUGCGUGUGCUUUAUUUCUCAGAAAAGGUAACUGCUGCCCAGAUUUUUCAAAGAUUCGUUUGGGACCUGCCAGCCAGCCUUGGGCCAGAUGUUUAAGUGAAUUUGUUUAGUGUGCAAAUUAAGUGUCUUGGCUUUUUUCCUUUUUUUUUUUAGCCGAUUCAUUAGUAGCCUGCAGUUUUGCUAGGCUAUGAAGAUUUGUGUUUGGCCCCUUCUAAAAGAAGCUUCUGUAUGGGGUCAGACAAUAGAAAAAUAUCAUUAAAUGCUUGGCCCAAUUUCGGCUGCGUUUGUGCAUGUGCAUACGCAUUGCCUGUUUGUUUUCUCCCCCAGGCUAAUAGCCAGGGAAAUUUUGUUUCCUUUGGUAUAUUUCCUAAGUAAAUGUUUUGCAAGGUUUCUUUCACCUCCAAAGUUCCAAGUAGUUUGGAAAUGUCAGUUGAAUAACACUCUUUUGAGUGGGUAUUCCUAACCCUAAACAUGCUCGAAACAGAAAUUGCUGAUUUUUAUCAUCUGGGUUAGGAUUACUGUCCAGACCUCCCCAAACCUUGUGUGUUCCAGAUGUUUUGGACUAGAAUGCCAAUCUCUGUCUCAGCCAGGUGGAGGUUAUAUGGCAAGACAUCUGAAGGGCACCAGGUUGGGGAUGACUGAUUCAGACGAAGUAGGAUCUGAAACAAUAUAUAAAUCAUGCAUAGAAGUAUGGGCAGGAGGCUUCGAGUUCUGGUAUUCCAGUUUUAUUCUGGCAAAGAAGAUUUCCCCUGCCCCACCCCUCAAUCUCUGCAAAUGCAGUUUUCCAUUUAUUAAUGGCAGAAACUAAAUAGAAAAGUAAGUAAGCUUAAAACAAAUUCAUUCUUGCCUGGUGCUGCCAAAAUAUUUAUCCCUACUGGCAGCAUUGCAGCAUUGAAAUAAAAUUUAAAAGUUAACAGGGAGGAGAAGAGGCCGUUUCAUACUGUUCUUUGUGGUUUUCGCAGGUGCUUAAGCUAAAAAGGAAGCAAGUUGAAUUGCUUUUAUUAAAAGUUUUCUGCUUAUUUUGCAAGGUAUUAAACUGGUGUCUCCCCUCUACCCACCCAAAAAACCCUGCUGAUUGAUGAGACUCAGCUUUUUUCUCUCCCUGAGCUGGAACUAGAAUAGAGGCACAUAUGCUGAGAACAGGAGAACAAUCUGAAAUAUUUCAGUGCUCAGCCAGAGAUUGUGUAUUUGUUCCACAAGAUGAAAUUCAAAAGCCACAGUAUCUUUCUUUGGACCACUUAAAAUCAUAGCGGUCAACUUUCAGAUUUGAAAGUAAGGGAUUAGCAGCCUCGAAAAUAAGGGAUCAGCAGCCUCACCUGUCCUGGGGACAGUUUACGGGAUAUCUAACAAUCCGGGAUAGCAGUGGGAAGCAGCGGGAAACGGCGCUGGAAUAAGGGAAUUUCCCGCAAAAAAAGGGACGGUUGACAGCUAUGCCUAAAAUCUGGGGUGGGGUGGGGGGGAUGUACUAAGUAGUGUUUUAAGUUCUCCAGAACUCAUCUUCAGGUUGAAUGUUUAGCAAAAGGGAGAGUUCUGGAGAACUCAAAAAGUUUGCUCACCAGGAAGGAGUGGUUUGACACUUCCUUCCACAGCCACGAACUCAGUGGAAACACCUCUCUCCAGUGCAUGGUACCGCAGUUAGCGAUAGGGGGAAAAUAUCCCAUUGCGUCGUGAUGAGGGAGGAAGGAGUUGGACCUCCGCUACCUGUGUGCUGUGGUCCUCGUGGAAAUCGGGAGAGAGAGCAUUCUCUUCGCCUAGGAUUACUUUAAAAAUAUGUAUCUUGUCUUACUAUAAUCAGCAUGAUUUGAUGUAGUUAAAGCACCACAGUGGCACGUGUGACAGGCGUCAUUCAAAGCCCAAAGGCAAAUUUGCUUCUGUUAAACCCCCGACUGCUGAGAGAACGUGAAGAAGUAUCUUUGGGAAUUCAAUGAGUUGGCAUGUGCAGAGCACAUACACAAAAGUUGUUAGUUGGUUAUGUAUUCAGAUUGGUGUGGUUUGUGGGUGGAGACGCUUGCUUGCUACUUGGUGACCUUUAAGGGCUGAAGUAGACAUUAUGUUAAUCGUGGGGUUAACAACCACAUACAGGGAUUUUAUAAGUAUAAUGAUAUGUGCAAGGCAAUGGAGAGGGGAGAAUUUUUUCAUCGGGAUCAUAGCAAGGGCUUGUUUACCCCUUCCCUCCACUUCUGUAAGCCUGACAAAAAUUAUCCCCCUUGUGCAGCAGUUUGGACUUCCAAAACGUUCAGAAACCAAAGCGCGGCUUCCGAUUGGCUGAAGGAAGCUCCUGCAGCCAGUCGGAAGCCCUGUUGGUCGUUCGGGUUCCAAAGAAUAUUCACAAACUGGAACACUCUUGGGUUUCUGGCAUUCAGAAGCGGAAACAUUUGACUCGCAAGUUGUUCGGGAUCCAGGGUACGACUGUACAGUGGACCCUCCGGAUAUGAAUUACCGUAUUUUUCGCUCUAUAAGACGCACUUUUCCCCUCCUAAAAAGUAAGGGGAAAUGUGUGUGCGUCUUAUGGAGCAAAUGCAGGCUGCGCAGCUAUCCCUGAAUCCAGGAGAACAAGAGGGAUCGGUGCGCACCAAUCCCUCUUGCUCUCUUGGCUUCAGGGAUAGUCGCACGAAGCCUCUUCAGUGCAACGGGAGGAGCGCUCCCCCUGCCCUGAAGAGGCUUGGCACGGCUAUCCCAGAAGCCAGAACAGCAAGAGGGAUUGCUGCUUUCGCUGCGCAGCAAUCCCUCUUGCUGUUCUGACUUCGCUUAGCUGGAGAGGCACUGCGUAGCUUUCCUUCUGCUGAAGGGAAAGCUGCGCAGCGCCCCUUCAGCAAAGCGGGAGGAGAAACGGAGCUCCUUCCAUUUCUCCUCCCGCUUUGCUGGAGAGGCGCUGCGCAGGGAGGGAGAGAAUUUUUUUUCUUGUUUCUUGUCCUCUAAAACUAGGUGUGUCUUAUGGUCGGGUGCGUCUUAUAGAGCGAAAAAUACAGUGAAUUCAUUCCGGGGGUCCAUCCGCAACCUGAAAAGCCCGUAGGCAGAGACGCUGCUUCUGUGCACGCGGCGCAAUUGAGCGCUUCUGCGCAUGUGUGUGGCACACAGAGUGCUUCUGCUCAUGCGUGCGCAGUGAAACCUGGAAGUAUACACUUCCUGGUUUGCCACAUUCGUAACCCAAAAGUUACGUACCCAGAGCGGUACAUAACUAGAAGGUCCACUGUAUUUGACUUUUAAAAAAAACCCCACACACAAUGCAAAUGGUUUUAUUAUUUUAAAAGUUAAAAACUUAACUUUCAAAUAUGUCUUUAAAAGGUAUCUUUCAUUGGCAGUCAUUGCUAAACAAUGGCCUUAGUUUUUGAAUCCAUAUGGUGGGGGGCUGGGACUUACAGCGUUAUCCUUUAAAAAAGAGAGAUGAAAGGUAUGUUGCUUAUUCCCUCACUUCCCCCCUGCCCCCUUAUUUCCUAAUUCCCGUGAAGAUAUGCUAAAGUCAAAACUCAGCUCCUCUCCUUCCCUUUGUCUGUAUUGCGCACAAGCUUGAAUGCUGAAGUUUGCAUGAUCUCCCUCCAACCAAUAGACUGCAACAGCUGGAAGGUUAGCUGAGGAUACAGCUUCACAUUAAAAAAAUCUCCCUUAACUGGUCAAAGCAGAUUCAUCAUACAGGUGAUUUCUCUCUCUCUCGAACACUUAAGGGGGGGAAAUCAUGUAAAUUUAGCCAAAUUCCUGAAACUGUAAUAUUUAUCCAAAAUGUAGUUGCCAUACCAUGUUGUUAAAUGUUCUGGUGGUGAAUGUAACACAUGGGACAAAUUAUACAGAGGGCGGCUUUCUUCCUGAAAGCUUUAGUCUACGCUGUGUGGAAAACUCAUAUGGCUCUCUGUAUACUUUUUUCCAGCCAAACAUCUAUAUUUCAGGGUCAGCCCAGGCACCACUUUUGAUGAUGCUAGGAGGGCAUCAUAUCACAACAAAGGGAGGGAGCACUUAACCUUUGCUCCCGUCAGCUGUUUUUCUACAGCAAAACACUUCUCCCUAACACUUCCUAUCCAAAUGGGAUUCCAGACAAGUUUUUUUAGUUUGCAAAACCAUGGACUAUGAAACCCUCCAAACUGAAGCACCUUAGAGGAAGGUCCUGAUGAAAUCAGUGGGGGUUUGAGUCAGAUUCCUUAGGAUCGGGUGGUCAUUAAUGACUGUACAAUCUAUUCAGGAGCUUUAAGCACCUCCCUCUCUCAUCUGGCGGCCUCCCCAUUGCAUUUUGGAGAGGAGGAGAAGGAGCUGUGCCCAGGAUUUAGGUACCAUACUUUAAACAUGCCACGCUGGGCAAAGGCUCUGAAACCGCCAUUUCUGUUUGCACUCUUUUUACGUGGAUUUCUUGAAAACAAGUCAUGCCAGAUGAAUCAUAUUUCUUUUUUGAUAAAAAUUACAAGACUGGUGGAUCAGGGGAAUGCUGUGGAUGUAGUAGUAUAUCUUGAUUUCCAUAAGGCUUUUGACGAAGUCCCCAAUGAUAUUCUUGUGGAGAAGCUGGAAAAAUGUGUACUGGAUGAGGUAACUGUUAGGUGGAUUUGCAACUAGUUGACUGGCUGAACCCAAAGAGUGCUCACUAAUGGUUCCUUGUCAUCCUGAAAAAAUGGGGACAAGUGGGAGGCUGCAGGAUUCUGCUUUGGGCCUACUGGUAUUCAACAUCUUUAUAAACAACUUGUCUCAAGGUAUUGUGGGGAAGCUAACCAAAUUUGCAGAUCACGCCAAUCUGGAAGGGGGAGCCAUUACCACAGAAUCGGGACUCAAGUUGACCUUAACAGAUUGGAGAACUGUGCCCAAACAAACAAAAUGAAUUUCAGUAGGGACAAAUGUAAGGUUCUUCACUUAGCCAGCAAGAACCAGCUGCACAAAUAUAAGGUGGGGAACAUCUGGAUUGCCAGUAGUACAUGUGAAAAGGAUCUAGGAGUCUUAACAAGCUUAACAUGCAAGAAUGGUGCAGCAGCAAAGAAAGCAAAUGCUAUUCUAGGCUGCAUCAAUAGAAGUAUAGUGUCUGGGUCAAGGGAAGUACCGGUAAUAGUCCCACUGUAUUCUGCCUUGGUCAGGCCAUACUUGGAGUACUGUGUCCGGUUCUGGGCACCGCAAUUUAAAGAUAUUGACAAGCUGACAUGUGUGCAGAGGAGGGCAACCAAGAUGACCAAGGAUCUGGAAACCAAACCUUAAGAGGAACAGUUGAGGGAAUUGGGUAUAUUUAGCCUAGUAGAGAGAAGACUGAGAGGAGAUUUAGUUACAGGUAGGUAGCCGUGUUGGUCUGCCGUAGUCGAAACAAAAAAUAAAAAAACCCUUCCAGUAGCACCUUAGAGACCAACUAAGUUUGUUAUUGGUAUGAGCUUUCGUGUGCAUGCACAAUUCUUCAGAUACCAGCACUGCAUGCACACAAAAGCUCAUUCCAAUAACAAAUUUAGUUGGUCUCUAAGGUGUUACUGAGAGGAGAUGUGAUAGCCAUAUUAAAAUAUCGAAAGGGCUGGCACAUGGAAGAUGGAACAAGGUUGUUUUCUCUUGCUCCGGAGGGUAGGCCCCAAACCAAUGGGUCCACGUUACAAGAAAGAAGAUUGCGACUGAACAUCAGGAAGAGCUUUCUGACAGUAAGAGCUGUUAGACAGUGCAACGGUCUCCCUUGGGAGGCUGUGGGCUCUCCUUCCUUGGAGGUUUUUAAGCAGAGGUUGGAUGGCUGUCUGUCAUUUAUGAUCUUCUUGAAAUUUCUGCAUUGCAGGGGGUUGGACUAGAUGAUCCUUGGGAUCUCUACAGUUCUCUGAUUUUACAGUGCAUUUGAUUUGUCGUAGGUCAACAAAUAAUUGCCCUCUUGUGCUUUCACAGAGGUGGGAAGAUUGCAGAAAAUCUGACUCUCUCUGUGUGUGCACAUGCAAAGAUCAGAACAGCAGCAGUCGCAGGUCUAGAUCAUGGGGAGGCAAACUAAGGCCCGGGGGCCGGAUCCGGCCCAAUCGCCUUCUAAAUCUGGCCCGCGGACAGUCCGGGAAUCAGCAUGUUUUUAUAUGAGUAGAAUGUGUCCUUUUAUUUAAAAUGCAUCUCUGGGUUAUUUGGGGGGCAUAGGAAUUCAUUCCCCCCCCCAAAAAUAUAGUCUUGCCCCCCACAAGAUCUGAGGGACAGUGGACCAGCCCCCUGCUGAAAAAGUUUGCUGACCCCUGGUCUAGAUCCUUUGUAGCACGACUCUUUCACCCUUUUUAAAGUACCUCUUUUUGACAUAUGCAGUGCUGGGGGUUUUUUGCAGUUCCUUUUGCCAUGCAGCCACUUCUGUAUCUGAAGCCCAGCUAUAGCAAUUUCUUUUCUCAACAACCGCCAUUGCAAGGUUUGUGUGUUAGUUGCUACCUCAACGUGCUGGCAGGCAUAACAAAUAUGGUUGUCACAGUUUCAGCCCUGUCCAAUGAGGCACCCUGAAAGAGGAGUCCUUGUGAUAGAACUCCCACCUCCCCAUGGCUGGCAUGGGAGUUGCUAGGUGCAGCGUCGGGCAGCUACAGAGAGAGCCCUGCCCUGUCUCCUGUCAAUUGCCUUAGGUGUGCAGAAGAAAGCCUCCUUUCUCCUGGGUAUACGUGCAGAAGAGUCUGCUAUGUGGUGGAGGGUGAGCAGCUGAAAGGGCAGGUCCAAAGCUCUGCCCUCCAUGCACAAAGAUGUGCACCAGACCCUACUGAGAUACAGGUAGAACGACUUGCACCUGCAGAUGUCAUGCAGAUUUGUGGAGAUGGCUUGUGCAGUCACAGGCCUCCUGUUGAAUGUACAGUGGUACCACUGGUUAUGUACUUAAUUCGUUCCGGAAGUCCAUUCUUAACCUGAAACUGUUCUUAACCUGAAGCACCACUUUAGCUAAUGGGGCCUCCCGCUGCCGCCACGCCGCCAGAGCAUGAUUUCUGUUCUCAUCCUGAAGCAAAGUUCUUAACCCGAGGUACUAUUUCUGGGUUAGCGGAGUUUGUAACCUGAAGUGUCUGUAACCUGAAGCAUAUGUAGCCCGAGAUACCACUGUAAUUGGGAGUAACCAAGUGGGUGGCGCUUUGGGUUAAACCACAGAGCCUAGGACUUGCCGAUCAGAAGGUCGGCGGUUCGAAUCCCGUUGUUCGGUCCCUGCUCCUGCCAACCUAGCAGUUCGAAAGCACGUCAGAGUGCAAGUAGAUAAAUAGGUACCGCUCCAGCGGGAAGGUAAACGGCGUUUCUGUGCGCCGCUCUGGUUCGCCACAUGACCCAGAAGCUGUACGCCGGCUCCCUCGGCCAAUAAAGCAAGAUGAGCACCGCAACCCCAGAGUCGGCCACGACUGGACCUAAUGGUCAGGGGUCCCUUUACCUUUUAAGUAACCUGUGGCCCUCCUGAUGUUGUUUGCCUUCAGUGCCAGACGGUACAAUCCAGCACAGCCGAUGGUCAGGGAUGGUUAGAGUUGUCAUCUAGCAACAUCUGAAGGGUGAUACACAGGUUCCCCACUUCUGAUGUAGCCCCUUCACAGUGAAGCCGUGACGCAUCAGUCUUCCAAGGCAGAGGGGAACUGUGUCGCCACGUAUGCAACCUCUGCCUGCUACAAACAGUUUCUCACCAUGCCAUGCUAGAUAGGGGCCAGCAUGUGGGGGGGGGGGAACCCUGGCAUUGCUGAAGACCAUCAAAAUCAGCUGUAUGUUUGCAGAAAGCCAUUUUUAACAACACCUGUAAGCUUAUGCCGUUGAACACCGCAGCGCAGAAUUAUUUAGAGACUGGUUUAGACUUCCUGGGAGUACUGCUGUCAUUUUAUUUGGAAAUGUUGACAGGAAAACCAGUGCUUGUGCAGUGUGUGAAGGCCACAAUUGGGGGGGGGAGGACCAUCUCCACCCCGAUCAUUCAGCCCGGACACUGAGGUCCAGCUCCAAGGGCCUUCUGGCGGUUCCCUCACUGCAAGAAGUGAAGCUACAGGGAACCAGUCACCGGGCCUUCUCGGUAGUGGCAUCCACCCUGUGGAACGCCCUCCUAUCAGAUGUCAAGGAAAUAAACAACUACAGUGGUACCUUGGGUUACAUACGCUUCAGGUUACAUACGCUUCAGGUUACAGACUCUGCUAACCCAGAAAUAGUACCUCGGGUUAAGAACUUUGCUUCAGGAUGAGAAGAGAAAUCGCGCGGUGGCGGCAUGGCAGCAGCGGGAGGCCCCAUUAGCAAAAGUGGUGCUUCAGGUUAAGAACAGUUUCAGGUUAAGAACGGACCUCCGAAACGAAUUAAGUACGUAACCAGAGGUACCACUGUAUCUGACUUUUAGACGGCAUCUGAAGACAGCCCUGUAUAGGGAAGUUUUUUAAUGUUUGAUGUUUUAUCAUGUUUUUAAUAUUCUGUUGGGAGCCGCCUAGAUGGGCAUGGUAUAAAUUUAUUAUUAUUAUUAUUAUUACCCAGCCCUAGUUCAGGCUCAAUAGAAAGAGAGAACAGGUAAGAAAAUGAUAUUUGGUGUCUUACUGUCUUUUAAUUUGUUUGGAAGCCACCCAUAGUGGCUGCGGUGACCCAGUCAGAUUAAUUAGGUGACUAAUUAAUUAAUUAAUUAAUUAAUGGUGUUGAAUACUGGGGCCUGGGGCCAUUGUUGUUCACUUAGAUCUACAGAGGUAUAGUCGCAGUGCACAUGACGGAGUUACUUCUAUUUCAGCCGAUGUCCUCAAUAUGAGGUCUCCAUUGGAAUGUAUCUGGGGAGAUUGUUGGACUGUUUUGGUUCACCUGUUUAAGCAGCAAGAGCCCGUCUCGCAGAAGAGCAAAGUGUACUCCUGACGGCAAUAAAGAGCAGGAUCUACUUUUAAGGCUAUCGCCCUGCCAUCAUAUCUGCUGGAGCUUUUAAUUGUGCAUGCAAAUGGGUAGUUACAUUGUUUACCAGCGCUCGGCAUGUGCCACCUCGUCCUUUAACAGCCCGACAAAUGCCAGUUUUUCACUGCGUUAAACUUCAGUAGACUCGUCGAGCUCACCGUUUGCACAGGCAUGCGAGAGCUUGGAAAGGGGCCUCGCGGGCCAAAGAUGGGGACCAAAUGGCCCUCCAGGUGUGUGGCUGGACUACAACUCCCAUCCUCCUUUGCCAUUGGCCGUGCUGGCUGGAGCUGAUGGGAGCUGUUCACAGUGCAAUGGCAAAUCCAAGCCAGCCAAUUGUGCUUGAGGAGGGUGUCGUGAGAAUCAUGGCCAAGGGUAGCAAGGAAUUUGCAUUCUAGGAAAGCAAACUGUUGUGUUAGGAAAGUUCGCCUACAGAAACUUGUUGUUGUUUAGUCAUGUCCGACUCUUCAUGACCCCAUGGACCAGAGCACGCCAGGCACUCCUGUCUUCCACUGCCUCCCGCAGUUUGGUCAAACUCAUGCUGGUAGCUUCGAGAACACUGUCCAACCAUCUCGUCCUCUGUCGUCCCCUUCUCUUUGUGCCCUCCAUCCUUCCCAACAUCUUUUCCAGGGAGUCUUCUCUUCUCAUGAGGUGGCCAAAGUAUUGGAGCCUCAGCUUCAGGAUCUGUCCUUCCAGUGAGCACUCAGGGCUGAUUUCCUUCAGAAUGGAUAGGUUUGAUCUUUUUGCAGUCCAUGGGACUCUCAAGAGUCUCCUCCAGCACCAUAAUUCAAAAGCAUCAAUUCUUCGCUGAUCAGCCUUCUUUAUGGUCCAGCUCUCACUUCCAUACAUCAUUACUGGGGAAACCGUAGCUUUAACUAUACGUACCUUUGUCGACAAGGUGAUGUCUCUGCUUUUUAAGAUGCUGUCUAGGUUUGUCAUUGCUUUUCUCCCAAGAAGCAGGCGUCUUUUAAUUUCAUGACUUCUGUCACCAUCUGCAGUGAUCAUGGAGCCCAAGAAAGUAAAAUCUCACAGAAACUAGCAUUGGAGAAAAACGUAAAGGAACUACCAGAAAACAUAAUACUGAAAGGAGAAAACAUAACAUGAAAGCAGAUUCCAACUAAACAUCAGGAAGACCUUUAUGACAGUAUGAGCUAUUAGACAGUGGAACCAGUGUUAGAAACUGAGAUAUGAAAGCUAGGAGCUAAAUGGCACCUUAAACCUAGGUUAUGGUUCUUUAGGGUGCAUGUGGGUAGAACGGGCUUUAAGUGUGUUUUGAGCAAAUGGCUUUUAGGCAGCCCAUAUUUAGAGCAGACUUCAGCAAUGUUAGAAACAGGUAUAAAUCUAGGAGCUAAAUAGCACCUUAAACCUAGGUUAUAGGCACAACAACGAAAUGUCUAGGUGCGCUUUUUUGUGGCAAGAAUACAAAGCUGAAAAUGAAUGAACCGCAGCUAAAAUUCAUGUUCACAUGGUCUAGUCCUUCCCCUGCCCACCCUCCUAAUGUACUUAAGAGGGUCUCUCCUCCAGUCUUCAAUAACCUACUAUAUUCUGUAUAAAGUCGUUCCAGAUAACAUUGUAUUCAUAGCAACAUAUGAAGGGACGUGGGUGGCGCUGUGGGUUAAACCAGAGAGCGUAGGGCUUGUCGAUCAGAAGGUCGGUGGUUCGAAUCCCCGUGACGGGGUGAGCUCCCAUUGCUCAGUCCCUGCUCCUGCCAACCUAGCAGUUCGAAAGCACGCCAAAGUGCAAGUAGAUAAAUAGGUACCGCUCCGGUGGGAAGGUAAACGGCGUUUCCGUGCGCUGCUCUGGUUCGCCUGAAGCGGCUUAGUCAUGCUGGCCACAUGACCCGGAAGCUGUAUGCCAGCUCCCUUGGCCAAUAAAGUGAGAUGAGUGCCGCAACCCCAGAGUCGGUCACGACUGGACCUAAUGAUAGCUUCCUUCUUCAUUACUUCACUUGAGUUGAUGAAUCUUUUCAACACUUGACUCCCUCCCUCUUCUAUCUCUCUCUGUAUGUACAUGCAUAUACACAGAGCAACUUAACUAGACUUUAGACUGCUUUUUUUAGUGUCAGGGAGCAGAAACAGUGGGCAGGAAAAUGCCCACUCUUAAACUUUUGACUUAAUUUUUCCCCCCCCCCCCCCCCCGCUAAGUUCUAUCAGCCUUAUGGGUUUUUUUUUUUUUUUGUUUUUCCUACGCUGCCAUUUAGUCUUCCUCUUUUUCUCUGCUUGGAGAUUAAUCGUGCAGGAAAUGAGUAAAACCUCCGAGAGCUGCCUGCUACUGCGGUCCAUCUACAUUAAAUGUCUCUAGAAUGGCUGCUUUAAAAUGGCUGAUUAGGUACAUGCUGUCGACUUAAGUCUACAGAGGCCGCCACGUGAAAGACCAACUGAUAUAUAACGCAAGGGGAUUUACGAGCAUGUUAAUAAUUUAGGAGUUGAGGUAUUUGAAAUGUUUUUAAAUUAUUAAGUAUGAGGGAAGCAUAAAAGAAAGCAGGCCUCCCCAUUUAUUAAUUAAUCAUACUUUUCCUUCAAGGGAAGUAUAAUAAUUAAUGGUCAAGGAUGAUGGGAAUUGUUGACCAGCAAUAUCUGAGGGGCACAGAUUCCCCGCCUCACCUCUAAGCUCUCUAAUCAGCAAAAAUAGUUUUUAACAUCAUAGAGCCUUGUAACAUUCAUAAAAUCAUAGAAUUAUGGAGUUGGAAGGGACCCUGAGUGUAAUCUAGUCCAACCCCCUGCAAUGCAGAAAUAUGCAGCUGUCCCAUAUGGGAAUUCUCCAUUUUUUAAAAAAUCAGAGCAAUCUACUGAUUUUGGUGAGCGUGCCUAAUUUUCUUGUCAUAAUCAUAAUACCUAUUUUUUAUCCCGUUCAUGAAAGCUCAUCUCUGAAAACCUAGAGAUGAGGCAAUGCAUCCUCAGCUUUAAAAUACUUUCCCCCCCCCCUCCCGAAAUGUAUCCUUAAACAAUAUACCUGAAGGAGUGUCGUUCAGUCCGGACACUGAGGUCCCGCUCCAAGGGCCUUCUGGCGGUUCCCUCAUUGUGAGAAGUGAGGUCACAGGGAACCAGGCAGAGGGCCUUCUCAGUAGUGGCACCCGCCCUGUGGAACGCCCUCCCAUCAGAUGUCAAGGAAAUAAACAACUACCUGACUUUUAGAAGACAUCUCAAGGCAGCCCUGUUUAGGAAAGUUUUAAUGUCUGAUAUUUUAUUGUGUUUUUAAUAUCCUGUUGGAAGACGCCCAGAGUGGCUGGAGAGGCCCAGCCAGAUGGGCGGGGUAUAAGUAAUAAAUUAUUAUUAUUAUUAUUAUUAUUAUUAUUAUUAUUAUUAUUAUUCUAGUUGGUGGGUAAUCUUCAUUCUGUAUCAAGUUGUUCAGUCUUGCUAAAAAAAUCACACAGAGAUCCUAACCCUUAUUUGCUUCUGGCAGUUAAAUAAGAAGCCUCUUAUUGUUCUGACUGAAAUGGUUAAGCCUGAGAAAAGAACUAAUAUAGCUAAGGUUUUUUAAAAUUUAUUUUAAAGGCAAGAAUUGGUUGGCUGUAUGACACAGAACUCCACAGGCCACUGCAGCUGUGGAAAAAGAAGAAGCUGUUGAACAGGAUGAUUGUGGUUUGCUGUGAGAACUUAAUUUUCCUGUUGACCAUUUUUGAACAGGAAGUUGAACAAAUUUUAGUUUAACGUGCUACAGAUUCUGAUCUUUAGGUGUAAAAUGCUCACAGGGAGAAUAGUAUCUGUUUUGCUGCAGUGAUGAGCGUUGCAACGUGCACAACUCUGGAGUAGUUCGGAAAUUCGGCCGAUGGUUACGUGACCUAAGUAUAUAUUUUUAGAUUAUUAUUGUCAUUGACCUUUUGAAGCUGUAGUUAGAAAAAGUGUUUUUUAAAUCCUGAAAGCAGAUUCCCCCCUCCCCUUCUUCUAUUGUUGUAGUAGUCAAUCUUUAAAGUGUUUCUGUAAUUGUUUUCUUUCUUCAUCGGGUGAGAGAGUGAGGGAGAAUGGAUGGCAAAGCUAUUGGGACAGAUAAUAUGAAAUUAUAUUAGCUGGAAGUGACCGCAGGUAAUGUUGUGUCCUCUCCCCACCUCUCAAAAAAAUUAAACCUUCUCAAGCAUUUACUUCCAGAGAAGUAAAUCUUGGGAUCUUAAAAUUCCUCUGGACACAGAGUGGGGGUGGAGCACUAUAGGAAGCACAAAAUCUUUAGUUGGAGCAGGGAAGAAGUGAUUCAGUUGUUUCCAGUACCACCCUUCCAAAAUAACUGAGUGCAAAAACACAUUGGUACAGUAUUUGAGGGCCCCCCCAUUGAAUUUUUCCUCUCCUGCCGCACCCCAAAGUAAUGAGCGAUCACGGUUGCUGUUACCUAGAGCAUGUUUUAUUUACAGUGGUACCUCGGGUUAAGUACUUAAUUCGUUCCGGAGGUCCGUUCUUAACCUGAAACUGUUCUUAACCUGAAGCACCACUUUAGCUAAUAGGGCCUCCCGCUGCUGCCGCACCGCCGGAGCCCGAUUUCUGUUCUCAUCCUGAAGCAAAGUUCUUAACCUGAGGUACUGUUUCUGGGUUAGCGGAGUCUGUAACAUGAAGCAUAUGUAACCUGAAGCGUAUGUAACCCGAGGUACCACUGUAUUCUUCCUGGCUUUCUGCUUCUGAGGUUGCAAUACUAAAGCAUGUAUAUUUUGAAUAAAAGAGGUGACUUUCUCCACAAAUGCUCUUUCCUCACUUUCUGCCACUCUUCCGGCAGGCUAAGUACCAAUACCCCCCUCCCCUUUUUAGCCCCCCUUAUUUUAUUCAUUAAUUUAUUCAUUUUCUAUCUCACCCUUCUUCUAAGGAACUCAGGGUGGUAUACACAGUGAUCUUUUCUAUGAAUUUUAGUCUCCUGACAACCCUGUCAGGUGCAUACAUUUGGCAGAGAGAUAGAAUUGUAGUGUUGCAAGGGACCCCUGAGGGUAAUCUAUUCCAACCCCCUGAAAUGCAGGAUUCUUUUGUCCGAUGUGAAGCUCAAACCCACGACCCUAAGAUGAAGAAUCUCCAUUCUUUAUUUAAGUUCUUCUGCCCUGUUCCUUAUAGCCCUACUUGCUUGAUUUGACAAAAUAUCAGCUCUUCAGUCAUUCUCCUGAGGUCCAAGGCUAUAAUAGCAUCAUAAUUUUAAUUAUUUGGAAGGGCCUUUUCUCCUUAAAAAGCUGUGUACCACCCAAGAGGGUGGUGUGUCUGUUGCUUAAAACUUUGAGGUUAUUUCAGUUGUUGCGGUUCAGAUUUGUCAUUAUCUAUACAUUUACUAAUGUGUAAGGAGGGGACUGCCCCUCAGCAGAGCAUUUCUGAGAAGUUACAAAAUGGUGUUUUUUCCCCCUUGACAGGUUUCACAGUGAUAGAAGAACGUUUUAGGUUUAAACCAUGCCUGUCCCUCCUCCUCCAGCUCCUCCCCCUCCCCCAACACUUGCCUUGGUAAGUCUCAACUUUUUUAUUUUAAAAUUUUUAUGGGGAUAAACAACCACUAUCUAUUGUAUGGAUCAAUGAAAAUGAAGCCAAGGUCUUGGCCAGUGUGUUAUAGUGGUUAGAGAGUUGGACUAAGACUCGGGAGACCAAGGUUCUAAUCCUCAGUCAUCCUUGGUGUCUGAACCUGAACUAUAAACCAUAAAAUUAAAAACUGAUGAAUCCAUAUAGGAAUUGAACUGAUUUUUAAAAUAUUUUAAUAGGUUGACUCCUUAGUUGUAAUCUGCAUCCUCGGGAGUUAUUAUGAUGUGCACAACAUUUAGGAAAAGGAGUAGGAAUCUAGUGCAGGAAUGUUGCACGUGAUUUUACACUUGGGGAAAACAUGCUUAUUUAGUGGAAUUCUGAAGAGGCGUGAGUCAACUUCUGGAACAUCUGGAGAAAUUUGAGCUGUUUCAUGUUGCUCAUACAAAAUAUUUUCUUUUUCUAUUAAACUUUUUUUUAAAAAAAAGAUGUGUGUGCUUCUGCUAACAAAAGAUAAUUCAAAACUUUAUAGCAAUCAUGGCAGAUUUUAAAUAUGGAGCCUGUAAAAUUGGAAUAGCUCUUUGAUCAGAAUUCUUUAAGCACUUUUAAUAAAAAGCAUUAAAAGAAACUUUUAUUCCCUUCGAAAUAUACCCAGGAAAUCCUGUGUUUGGAUAUUGGAAGUGUUCGCCUCUAUCUGGAAAAUGACUCUCUUUGUGCAAACGAACUGUGUGUCAAAUCAAAUCAAAUUUAUUAAACGGUCACAGACCAGAUUAACUCGUACAGCUAGUCAGCGAAGCAUAACACCGGAAAAAACAAAGGACAAUUUCAAUACAUAACUGCAAUUUAAAAUUAGACAGCAUAAAUAAAAAUUAAGUAUUUGCCUUCGCCUGCGUAAUGCCAUUGGAAAGCUCUUGUUUCCUGCGCCUAAUAGCGGCUACACAAAAUUUGGCCACAUUGAUCGUAAUUUCAGAAACCUUAUCUUCUACCAAGGCUCUCAUACGUUGGAGUUCUGGUUCAUUUUUAAGCUUUUGUAGAACUGGGGCAAUAAAGGUCAAACGUAGAUCCUCAUAGUAACUACAGUGCAGCAAUACAUGCAGACUUGUUUCCACUUCCGAUGAGCCACACGGGCAAACACGUGACUCAUAUGGUUUGCCCUCAUAUCUGCCUAGCAGCAGGGCAGAGGGCAGAACGUUAAAUCUGGCCAGGGUAAAGGAGUGUCUGUACUUAGGUAUUUGUAAAUCAGCCAAAUAAUUUGCGGGUGAGAACCCUCUCCCAAAGUCUCUAAUUAUGGCAUGUUUAUCCAUUUUGCCCAUAUGACAUUGCAGCUCUAUGUCAGCCCUGAAUGUCUGUUUCGUGUUUUUUUUUUUUUUUUUUUUUUUAAAAACUUGUUCAUAAUUAAGUCAGUAUUUAAGAAGAGACACUUUUAAGUUUGCUGUCUUGGAACUGUGUGUCUGUUUCCAAGACAGCAAACUUAAAAGUGUCUCUUCUUAAAUACUGACUUAAUUAUGAACAAGUUUUUUUAAAAAAACACACGAAACAGACAUUCAGGGCUGCUAUACACUUUGCAUCCACAGAUGUAUGUCUGAAAGUCCCAGCUUAUCACUGGUUCUUGGUGUUUAACACAUGUUUAGGGGUGCACCCCUGCCCUUCACACACUGACCUGUUUCACACAGGAUGAAAGGGGUGGUGACAGUAACAUCAGUCCCACUGCAUGCCUUGACCUUGGCAUUUGCUGCACGUUUGCCAGGUGCUGACAUCGGACCAGAGCCAUUCUCACAUAUUAUGUUGGGGUAGUGAAGUCCAGCAGUGACUGUCCCAGCUAAUUGUCACAGAAUCAGCAGUGGUAUGCAUAACUGCAUCCAUGUUUGGGAAAGGUUUGUGGCUCGGUCAUACAGUAUCUGCUUUCAGUCCCUAGGAUCUCGUUGUCUAGGACUCAGGCCCUUCAGAAUUUAACCUCCUUCUGUCCGGCCUGUAAGACAGAGCUAUUUCGCCUGGCCUUUAAUUUGAAUUCAGCCUGAUCUUUUAUUUCCCUUCUCUUCCCUCCCCCUCCCCUUUUAUGAAGAUCACCCUCUCUGAGACCCCACAGCUAAUUCUCCCCUGGCCUCCUCGCUGGCCCAAGUAGGACCAAUUCAGCCAGCUAGCCCUGAGGAUUAUCUAAUGCUUAUUUCCCCUAAAUUGAUUUUUGAAUUUUAUUGUUAUUCAUGUUUUUAUACUGUAUUUUAUGCUGCUUUUAUAAUUGUUUUAAAUUUGUUGUUAGCCGCCCUGAGCCCGGUUUUUGAACUGGGAAGGGUGGGGUAUAAAUAAAAAUAUUAUUAUUUAUUAUUAUUUAUUAUUGUCCUGUAGAGCAGCUGCCAAUCAGAGUAGAUGAAUCAUAGCAUUGUAGAGUUGGAAGGGAGCAUGAGGGCCAUCUCGUCCAACCCCCUGCAAUGCAGGAAUAUUUUACCCAGUGUGGGACUCGAACCCACAACCCUGAGAUUAAGGGUGGGGGUGGACUUGUUGACCCUUGGAGUCCCUUCCAGCUCUGUGAUUCUAUGCUGUACUGACUGGUGUGGCUCUGUAUAAGGCCAGUUCCUGUUGGUAGAAAAAUGAAACACAACUGGGUCUGGAGGGAUGCUGUACCUGAAGGAAAAUGGCUGCUUUUCUUAAAAAAAUAAUAAUUAAAUAGUCAUGCCCUACCUUUCUUUCUGAACCAGACUGACAUACAGCUGUCAAUUAAGGGGGGGAAACAUGUUGGGAAAGGUGAUUGCACAAACAUUUAAGGAGUCAUCCAUGUGGAAAGAAGUACAAAAACGAUAAUGUUACAAACAAUUGGUUUUGUAUCUUCUGCCCCAUUUAGGCAUUUUGUAUUUAAACCAUAUAACAUAUGCCCACCAUAUGAUAUUGUGAACACCAGAAAUGGUGGGGUGGGGCAGAGCUGCUCUGCUACCUUCCCGACAGAUGGGUGGCUGUUGCAUAUUGGGGAGGGAGAGAGAGGACAGGCCAGGAGGGAGGUUGGCAUGGUGUAAACGCACCGGCAGAGCCAAUUCGGCACUGCUGGUGGUCUCAUUUGGUAUUCAAACAGCUAUCUAUCCGAUUUGCAAAAAAAUAGUUGGGUAACUAUUGGCUCUGAGGUGUAAAAGAAAGGUGAUUCCUACACCAUGCAUCAUUGUGACUUAAAUGCAUCUUUCCUUGUUCUGCUUCAUAACUAGUAUCGUUCCUUUGCAGGCGAAUACAGAAAAGCCGAGCUUAAACAGAUCAGAGCAAGCAGGGCGAAACGCUCUUCUCUCCGAUAUUACCAAAGGGAAGAAACUUAAGAAGGCUCUUACCAAUGACAGGAGUGCCCCAGUCUUCGAUAGUAAGUGUACUUCUGUGUCUUUCAGUGGGUUAACCGUGCAGAAUACUUACUACACCACUAGCCAGACGUCUUGAAGCUGUGAAAUGCGUAGGGUUUUCCUCUGUGGUUCUGAAUGUAUGCAUGUAAAGGCUGCGUACACCUGGCAAUUUAAAGUGGAUUUGAUGCAUCCCAUGUGUGCAUAUUUCUUGCGUUGUCUAUAUAACAUUGUCCUCAUCCACGUGGUAGUCUGCACUUUCCCUUCAUUUCCUGGUUUUUCUGAUCCAUGGAUAAUGUGAGGGCGAAAAAUCCAUCCUAAUAUUUCAAAUGGGUGUACAGUACUAAGGUGUGAGCAGGGUUAUGUCUGGAGUUGUUUUACUGGGGUGGCAUCUAUACUGUCUGCUUCUGUUGGCUAGAUGCUUUUAGGACCAGGCAUGAUACUCUAGAAACAAACAAACAAACAAACAAACACACACACACACACACACACACACACACACACACACACACACCCUACUGUUUUCUGAAAGUCUGGUAUACUGGAAAAUAUGUGUUUCAAUUUUUAUUUUUAAGAAAACGACCACAUUGUACAGGUAAAUAAAUACCUGUGUGCAUGCCCACAAUGGACCUCAGGUUUCUGGAAUGCAGGGUGUGUGAGGAAGUACCGUAUUUUUCGCUCUAUAAGACGCACCAGACCAUAAGACGCACCUAGUUUUUGGAGGAGGAAAACAAGAAAAAAAAUAUUCUGAAUCCCAGAAUCCAGAACAGCAAGAGGGAUUGCUGCGCAGCGAAAGCAGCGAUCCCUCUUGCUGUUCUGGCUUGUGGGAUAGCUGCGCAGCCUGCAUUCACUCCAUAAGACCCACACACAUUUCCCCUUACUUUUUAGGAGGGAAAAAGUGAGUUUUAUAGAGCAAAAAAAAAAUGGUACUAAUUUGGGGGCGUGUCCAACAGCACACAGGUGAGAAAAUGUGGAUGGGAAAUAUUCAGAGUUCAAUGGAAAGCACUCAUGUAUGCACAAAAGUGCAUGCAGAAAAACCAGGUCCGUGUGAUCCACAUUUGCACUGCCACUCUGUUAUGUACAUAGCCCAAAACUUGAAUGGUCUUGAGUUAUCCUAGACCAGGGCUGGGGAACCACUGGCCCUCCAGAUAUUGUUGGACUCCAACUCCCAUCAGCCCCAGCUGCUCCUUGGGGCAUGAUCAGUCACUGUUUUAUUUAAAGCAGGUACCAAUAACCUACAGAUCCUGUUAGGCUGUGAAGACCUUUCUUCAUUCUCCCAGACUUUUCACAAAGUGUUUUGUUUUUUAAGUUCCUUGCAUUUUUUAAAUCUGCUUUUUCCCUCUGUUGCUAUUCCGGGUUUUAAUAGCACCAUCUUUAUUCUGCUUUAGAUUUUAGGUAUCGAUCUGUUUUACAGUUUUAACCUUGAUUGCAAAUCACCCCUAAGUUCUUGGGUAGUAUGGAUGGGUAGAACAAUCAACCAUUUCACGUGGGGGUUCCGUUCCCGCCCCCCCCACGCAUGUCGGUGGGAUGCCCCGCCCUGUUACGCUGUGCACCACCCAUUUACGGGUCACUUCCUGGUUCAACAAGGUGCACACAUGCCUGAUCGUAGGCCCUCCCUUCGUAUGCAUGUCAGUUGGUCAUUGCUUGUACGUACAUUUUUUAAAAAUACAGUGGUACCUCGGGUUAAGUACUUAAUUCAUUCCGGAGGUCCGUUCUUAACCUGAAACUGUUCUUAACCUGAAGCACCACUUUAGCUAAUGGGGACUCCCGCUGCCGCCGGAGCACGAUUUAUGUUCUCAUCCUGAAGCAAAGUUCUUAACCCGAGGUACUAUUUCUGGGUUAGCAGAGUCUGUAACCUGAAGCGUAUGUAACCUAAAGCGUAUGUAACCCGAGGUACCACUGUAAUAAGAAUAAUUAUGGUGUUUAAAUGCUCUCCCUCCCUUCCCAUGCUGUCUCUGCAGAACCUAAAGGGUCUGGUGGUGGAGGUGGCUUCACGAGCAGCAGCAGCAGCAGCGGUGGUGGUGGCGGCGGUGGCGGCAGCUAUGGUGGAGGAGGACCACCUGGUUUAGGAGGUCUGUUCCAGGCAGGGAUGCCCAAACUCCGAUCUGCAAACAGGGAUAACGGUAAGCCGGGGAAUACAUUCAGUGGCGCACAGAAUAUUGCACUUGGCAUCCUUGCUUACCCAACGCGAGGAAAGGCCAAAUAUGAAUACAACAAAUCCAUCCUGGGUGCUUCCUCUCUCUCUCUCUCUCUCUCUCUCUCUCACUUACACACACACACACACACACACACACACACACACACAGGAACAGCAGAGCUAUUGACUGACUGGCUUUCUUGGUGCCAAGCAGGCCAGAAUGGAGGUUUCAUUUGAUAAUGCCUUCUCAGGAAUGAGUGCUGCUUGUUACAUGAUGCAUAGAACCAUUUCUCACCUGAAAUCCAGGCUCUCUUCACUGCCCCUGAACCCCCUUUUCCACUCGUCCCAAUCUGCCACCUUUUCCGUUCUUCUCUCCCCUUCCUUCCAAAUAAGUAUGGAAACUGCGUGCAGCAUCACUUUCCAGUGUGAACACAGCAGCCAAGUAAACUGCAAAGCACCUGCCUUUUAUGCCAAGACCCACAAACAGAUCUUCUUUUUCUCCUUGCCUACUCGGUGGUCUGCCUCCCUACCUUGAAAGCUGUAUCAUAGGCAAAUACUUCUUUCUGCCCUCCCUCCUACAGCUCUAGCUUAUUUUAUUCUUUAUCACAUUUGCAUCUUGCCCUUGAUUCAUGCAGCUUGGGGGUUUAGGUGUGAGGGCACCUUAUUUUAAUCUCAUAGCAAUUCUGGGAAGUUAGAUUCAGCUGACUUGCUAUUAUUAAUUAAAUUGGUAUACCACCCUAUACCCACACUCUCACGGCAGUUCACAAGAUAAAAUCACAAUAGAAAAACACAAAAUACUGUACAUAAUAAAAACAAAAAGAACCCAAUAAUCCCCCCUCCCCAAAACAUUUGGAGUCACCCAGUCCUGGGCGUAGCCAGGAUUUUUGUUGGCGGGACAAGAUUUUUGUGGGCGGGGUGGGGGGGCAGAACUGAGCCAUCUGCAACGUGAUGGUCAGUUAGUUAAGUGCUGUUAUUUAUUUACUUAAUGGGCGGCAGCUGCCCCUCCCUGCCCCCCCCCAGCUACGCCCAUGCACCUAGUAUAGGCAUAGGCAAACUCCGGCCCUCCAGAUGUUUGGGACUACAAUUCCCAUCAUCCCUGACCACUGGUCCUAUUAGCUAGGGAUGAUGGGAAUUGUAGUCCCAAACAUCUGAAGGGCCGGAGUUUGCCUAUGCCUGACCUAGUAAGUUGCAUGACGGAGCAGAGGUUUGAACUCUGCUUCCCUCAGUGUUACUUAAGCCACUAGACCGAUUGCUUCUCCAGUAUAGACUGACUUAGAUAGAUUAUGAAUAGCAUAUAUUAUUGGUAACAUGCUAUUAACCCAUGUCUGUGACAGAAAGGGAGAAUGUGUGUUUGGCAAUGCUGGCAUUAAAUACAUCCAUUUUGUCUCUGUUUGUACGACUGGUUUAUCUAGCGCAGCAAUAUUUUUAUUAUAUUUAUUUAAAACAUGGCUAUACCACCCAUCAUGGGAAAAAGAGAGUUUUCCCAGGAUGGCUUACAAUUAAAUGCAAAAUGCAAAACGAUGCCGGCAAAAAUAAAUCACCUUACAGAGCAGAGAGGCUUCCAAAAGGAAUAACAGUAUGCAUUCUGCACUGUGAAAUAAAGUUUCCUUGAUUCAUGGUUGCAUUUAUGGGUCAGGGAACAAGCUGGAGUGGCUGAGGCAGGUCAGAUUUGUACUUUCCUGAUUGCAGGCGUCUCCCAUAAGGCUUGGAUGUAGCGGUGCUGUUAAAAGUGCAUGAGGAGGUCUUUCAGCCUGUGUUUGAUACAACACAGUCUUUCAGAGCUGGUAUUAUCUGUUGUGUCACAGGCUAUUUAUGGCUCUCCUCUUAAUCUCAGGGCACUUAACAAGCCCGAGUUUUUCUGUGAGACUGCCUCUUCUAGACAAAUGCAAGUAACCGGACAGAAGAGAAAUUCCUUCUGCCAGCCCAAAUAUACAUAAAUUGCAUUGAGCCAGAGCUGUAUUUGCAGGGCUGUCGGUCAAGUAGGGAAUAUACCAUCGAGGAUCCAUUGCUUCCCGAACAGCAUGAAGAAAAUGGAGCAUGCUUUGCAUAUGCGCUGACAGCGGCCGUCCUCUGUUGGAUUUUUUAUUUUUUGAAGAGAUCUGUAGUCCUUCAGCCUUCCUUGGAUGCUACCGUCCACGUUGCAGUAAACGUUUGCAUAUAUCGGCGGCUAUACGUAGGGGGCUCAAAAUCCAUCCUUUUCCGUGUGGUUUCGGUUCUGUAUGACAAACUGAUUUCUUUACAUUCUCAGAUUCUCCAGGAAGCAGGGCUCCAGUGUUCCCACCGGGAGGAAAAGCGACGUCGGCAAAGCCCUUUUCACUCCCAGGUGGUGCAGGGCGGUUUGCAGGCCCUUCUCCCGGGCAAAGAACUGCCGUUCCAGAGCCACAGAGGAGCCGAAUGCCUCCACCGAGACCUGACCCUGGUUCCAGGGCCGAUAUGGGUGCUCCUCCCGUGCCAAAUACUCCAAGACCUGUCCCAUCAACGCUGUACAAUCGAGGACCCCCUCCCGUGCCGGGAGCCAGCAGGCAAGUCAGCUUAGGCCUCACACCUCCGCCUUUCCCCGGAAAUCGAUUCGGAGGGUCCCUCCGCCAGUCGUCGCAAGGGGGUCAUCCUCCUCCUUUCGCAAACAGGCCUCCUCUUCCUCCGGCCCCAGGCAGGCCGACAGAAGACAAGCCUCCGCCGCCGCCGCCCCCAGCAGGAAGCAGGCCACCUCUCAACCGGGAAGCUUCCUUGCCACCACCUCCUCCACCUCAAAACAACAGGCCUCCGGUUCCUUCCACGCCUCGGCCAUCCUUUGGCUCUCCGGUCCCUCCUCCGCCUCCUCCAAGCAGGCCAGGCCCACCUCUGGUUCCACCGACGUCCGGCGGAAACGAUGAGAUGCCGCGGCUUCCGCAGAGGAAUAUAUCGCUAGCGUGUCCUUCUCCGCCGAGCCUGCCUGGUUCCUGUCGCUCUGGACCUCUCCCUCCGCCACCAGGCGAGAGGCCGCCACCUCCCGUCAGAGACCCGCCUAGCAGAUCAGGUGAGGCUCCCUGUGUUCUUCCACCGACGACGCGAAUGCCAUAACACAUACAGUCAUACCGCAUGUUACAUUCUUUCAGGAUACGUCCUGCAGCGACCCGGAAGUACCAGAAAGGGUUACUUCCGGGUUCGCCGCUCGCGCAUGCGCAGACGCGCAAAAUGAUGCCACACGCAUGGGCAGAAGCGGCGAAUCGCAACCCACACAUGCACAGACGCGGGUUGGGUUCUUUUCAUGUUGCGAAUGGGCCUCCGGAAUGGAUCCCGUUCGCAACCAGAGGUACCACUGUAAUGCAAGCAUUGGGGUGAAGUGAGAGGGGGACGUAAUAGCAGUGUAUAAAAUUUAGCACGGCGGUGUGUGAAAUUUUGUGUGUUGUGUAGCUAGAGAAUUUUCCAUGGAUCUUCCAAAUUGCUGUUAAGAUACCCUUUGCUUCAAGCGAGAAGUUAGAAAGCUAAUACAGAAAGACAGCAAAUACCUCCUAUCUGCUUACAGAUAAAUGGUCUCUUGUUCCUUCUGUGUAGGAUGUUCUCGAGUAUGUCUCUGGUAUGUUCUAUGGUGUGAGUCAUACCUUUCAGAAUAAGAAAGGGCAAUGGGCCCGUUUCGAAAUGGGGUGUGUGUGUGGAAUGCCGCUGCUGAUUGCUUCCAGUAUACCUGAAGGAGCGUCUCCACCCCCAUUGUUCAGCCCAGACACUGAGGUCAGAUGUCAAGGAAAUAAACAACUGUCUGACUUUUAGAAGACAUCUGAAGGCAGCCCUGUUUAGGGAAGUUUUUAAUGUUUGAUGUUUUUUCACAUUUUUAAUGUUCUGUUGGGAGCCGCCCAGAGUGGCUGGGGAACCCCAGCUAGGUAUGAAUUAUUACAGUGGUACCUUGGGUUAAGAACUUAAUUCGUUCCGGAGGUCCGUUCUUAACCUGAAACUGUUCUUAACCUGAAGCACCACUUUAGCUAAUGGGGCCUCCUACUGCCGCUGAGCCGCCCCUGCACGAUUUUUGUUCUCAUCCUGAAGCAAAGUUCUUAACCCGAGGUAAUAUUUCUAGGUUAGCGGAGUCUGUAACCUGAAGCGUAUGUAAGCUGAAGCAUAUGUAACCUGAGGUACCACUGUAUUAGUAGUAGUAGUAGUAGUAACCCGAGGUACCGCUGUAUUAUUAUUAUUAUUAUUAUUAUUAUUAUUAUUAUUAUUAUUCCUUUGUUCUUUCAUAUCCAGGACCCCUUCCUCCACCUCCGCCGCCAAUAAGCAGAAACGGUAGCACUUCACGGGCCUUGCCAGCUACCCCACAGCUUCCUUCCAGAGGCGGGCUUGAUAAGCACAGAGGCGGACCACUUCCUCCUCCACUUCCUCCCGACAGGCCUGCUUCUGGAGCGCCUCCCCCACCGCCACCACCUUCGUCCGCCAUGCGAAAUGGCUUCCAGGAUUCUUCAUGCGAUGGUAUGUGUGGCAAUCACCCUGCAAUCCCAAUGCGCGGAGCGGGAUUGCGUGCGCCCAGCGACUUCUGUGAAUUAAGCAGAACAUCUGCAAGAAUCCUUGCGUGCACAGUUGUGCCUGGGGAGGGUUUUUCUCUCCGUCUGGGUGGAACCCAGGGUUUCCUUCAGAGAGGGAGAGAACUCCAUCCAGUCACGUGGGAGACAGCUCUCCUCUGCUGUACACGGAAUAAUUUGCAAUUUUGCUCUUCUGCCCUCUUGAUAUGCUCUUUCACAGUGCGUUGGUUUUUUUUUGGUAAGUAAAAGAGGUGUCGGCACUCAUCAUGAAGUUGUUAACAGCAAGUGCCGCACUUUUAACAUUUGGUGGAAUAUGGUGCCAGUAUCCCUAGAAAACAAUAACUUCUUCCAACCCCUACAUGUCUGGUUAUUUUCAAAAACUUAGAAAAAGUGGAGUUACCCAAUUUACCAGAAAUUAACUGCAUAAACACUGUAAUAUUGUGGGCAUGGGCAUAGACGGGGGGGGGGGCAGGGGAGCAGCUGCCCCCCAAUCCUCAAAAAGCAUUAAAAAUACUUAAGAAACUGAGGUUCUGCCCCCCAUGUCCUAUCUUUGGGAGGAUUUUUACGUUUUUAAAAUUAUUAUUAUUAGUAGUAGUAGUAGUAGUAGUAGUAGUAGUAUAUUUUGGCAAAGUAAUAAUCAUAUAUAAAUAAGAAUAAAAUUUUGCAUCCCACCACCAAGUCCAUUCCAUUGUAUCUAUACAACCUCCCAAGAUUUUUACAUGUUAAAGGAAAUGUCCGUGAUCUCCCAAAAAUCAAGCUCAGCAACUUUUUGAGACGUUCUUGCAGGGGGUGGGGUGGGUGGGGAGCUCAACGACUGUUUAAUGCUUCAGUGCAAACGUUUUAUAAUUUGCUACCAAAAUUGAGGUAGUUCUUAAUUAUUAGAAUGGAGCAGACCAGUUCCUGUGCCAGUUAAAAAAUCAUAAAUCAUUUGUAAUGCUGUUUUUACUCAAGUACCUACCUUUUGAAGAGGACUUCGUUAACUGCAAGGAUUUUAAGGAGCCCUUCCCACACGCUUGCGAGUGAUGACAUUUUGAUAACACCAACACUGCAAGAAUGUUGUUUGGGUCCCAGGUAUUGUAGAAUGAUACUAGGGGUGUGCGCCAAAUUGGGAUGAAUCCUGAGGUCAAGUGGGAUGUCUUGGCUUGUCAGAAGUGAAGCGGGAUUUGUGUGAGGUAGCACAAAUCAAAUCGGAUGCCCCUGGAAAACUCCCAUCUUUUAGUUGGGUAGGGUAGAAUGCGUGUGUCCUUUUUGCGUUAAUGCAGAUGAGCACUUUUAGUUAGUAAUGCUUUUUUCCCUAUCUUUUUUAUUUGGUGUUGCAUUAUUAUUAUUAUUUACCGAUUAAAUUUGUAUGCCACCCUAUACCCACGGGGCUUCAGAGCAGUUCGCAGGAUAAAAUUACAAUAUAAAAACACAAAAUACAUAAUGAAAAACAAAAACAACCCAAUAACCAGCCCCCCAGCACAUUUCAAAGGGGCAUUGGCUGACAAUCAACCAAAGGUCUUCUUAAAGAGGGGUAUUUUCGCCUAGCAACCAAAAAAUGUAUAUCGAAGGCACCAGGCAAACCUCCCUGCAGAGAGCAUUGCACAAAUGGGGAGCCACUGCAGAAAAGGCCUGUAUCCUUCAGGGCCACUGCACUGGGAUGAGAUUUGGAGGCCUGCUUUACAGUGGCUCGGGUCCAAAAUGUGGUGAUUGUGGUGGACUCAGGUUCAAUGCUUGGCUGUUGGCCUGUAGUGUCCCUCAAGGUUCUGUCCUGUCCCUCCCCACCCCCGCUCUUCUAAGAAAGGUUGACCUGAAUUUUGGGGUUCAGUGACCCCAGUAUGUGUAUGACACCCAGCUCCCUCUCUCCUUUCCAUCUAAAUCUGAGGAAGCUUUCUCAGUGCUAUUUCAGUGUCUGGUGUCAGUAACAGACUGGAUGAAAUUAAAACUUAAUCCCGGCAAGACAGAAGUGUGUUCCUGGUCAGUCAAAAGGCACAGGUCAGGAAAUAGAGAUUCAACCCCAUGCUGCUUAGGAUUGCACUCCCCUGAAAACACAGGUGCGCAACUAAGGUGUGCUGGAUUCAGCCCUGAGCCUCGAUGCCCAGGUUUUGGCGGUUGCCCAUGUAUAAUAUGACAUUGCAGAAAGUUCUACAAAGCCUGUUAUUGUUGUGUUUUCUCCAGAUGAGUGGGAGAGCAGAUUUUCCUUCCAUCCUAUGUCUGACCUGCCACCUCCAGAGCCGUAUGUGCCAAUGAACAAAAGCUACCCCAGUAAACUAGCAAGGAAUGACAACAGAAGUAAGUAUUCUUUCACGAGGUGCUUGGUAGCAGAGCAUUUGGGGAGCGAUCACGGAGGUUAUAUAAAAAGGGCUUUGAGCACUCAGAAAUGACUACGUACGUGUGAAAGAUCGUUCAUGUUAUUAAAUGACACACCUAAAUUGCACAAGUGACCAUGUGGGGUACUAAUAGACCCUGAAUUUAAUGGCUUUGGACUGUAUUUAGUUGUGUCGUUCCACUCAUGGAAGGCUCUCUGAUCUAGAAGAGGCUUCCAUGAACAGAAGGGAAACCGGGGCAACUUUAGUCAGUUUUCCCUCUGAAAACAUCUCCCUUUCCCAAAUCUGUACUAGCUUGCAGUGCUGAGAGGAGGCCUUAAACAUGAGUCCCAGUUUGGAUAAUGUUGUUGUUUAGUCGUGUCCGACUCUUCGUGACCCCAUGGACCAGAGCACGCCAGGCACUCCUGUCUUCCACUGCCUCCUGCAGUUUGCUCAAACUCAUGCUGGUAGCUUCCAGAACAUUAUCCAACCAUCUCGUCCUCUGUCGUUCCCUUCUCCUUGUGCCCUCCAUCUUUCCCAACAUCAGGGUCUUUUCCAGGGAGAUUUCUCUUCUCAUGAGGUGGCCAAAGUAUUGGAGCCUCAGCUUCAGGAUCUGUCCUUCCAGUGAGCACUCAGGGCUGAUUUCCUUCAGAAUGGAUAGGUUUGAUCUUCUUGCAGUCCAUGGGACUCUCAAGAGUCUCCUCCAGCACCAUAAUUCAAAAGCAUCAAUUCUUCGCUGAUCAGCCUUCUUUAUGGUCCAGCUCUCACUUCCAUACAUCACUGCUGGGAAAACCAUAGCUUUAACUAUACAGACCUUUCUUGGCAAGGUGAUGUCUCUGCUUUCUGCUUUUGGAUAAUACGCUAAGUCAAACCAUGGUUUAUCUUAGCAUGGUAGCAAAAAGGACUGGGGAGGGCCAAAAUGGCUGUGAGCUUCUCCUCUCCAGGAGUCCACCAGUUUGCAUGGCCUUGCUAAGCCAUGUGGCUUAGCAUGUGGUGUGAGCCAGGCCAUGUGCAGUUUACAUUUUUCAUUAAAAUUAGGUUGGAAUAGAUACAGUGGACGCUUGGGUUGCGAACGUGAUCUGUGUGGGAUGCACGUUCACUACCCGCAGCGUUCACAACCCGCAGCUGCGCGUCUGUACAUACUGCGAUUCGACACUUCUGCGCAAAGUGCGAUUUAGCGCUUCUGCGCAUGCGCAACUGCCGAAACCUGGAAGUAACCUGUUCCGGUACUUCCAGGUUUCGGCGGCCCGUAACCAAAAAAAAAGGCAACCUGAAGCGUCUGUAACCCGAGGUAUGACUGUAGUGGAUUUUCUUAGACUUGAAAACAGUACCAAAAAUAAAUAAAUAUUGUUUCUCAUUCAUGCAGGUGUUCUCUCUUUCUUGCCAUUUUUUUCCUUUUUGCAAGUUUUUGCGGUGCUUGAAAACCCUUGAAAACCCACCUGACCAGCAAUGUGUCUUUUAAAAAUGAACGCCCGCAUCUUUGGGCAAUGAUACGAGUGCCAUACUAUUAUCAGUUUGAAAUAAACAACUCCCCCCGCCCCCCAUGUAUAUUUGAACAAUGUUGUAGGCUAGCUAGCCACACGUUUGUAACACCUACAUGUAAUUACGACAUAAAAUAUUUUUGUAUUGUUCAUAUCCAUCCAUCCAAUACUAGUUCAAUGAAUAACAGAAGAGUUUUUAAAAAAUUGAACGGGGAUGUUUUAACUGAAUAUCUUGAGCAUAAGAAUAAAAAAAUAAGGUGAAAUCUCUUUUCUUUUGCCUUUUAGGUGGAUCCAGUCGUAGAGAACGAGGUGCUCCGCCACUUCCACCUAUUCCAAGGUGAAGUGGGGCUGUUGACCUCUUUGGGGAUGUGACUGCUUUUCUGAAAUUUCCCUUGAACCCAGCAGUCUUGUCAAAAGGUUUCCUUUCAUGCCGCACUUUUUUGGGGGGGCUGGGGAAUCCCACUCUCGGUAUCAUUUUCAGAUCAAGCUGUCAGAAUCCUGCUCAGGUUAUUCCUGCCGAUUUCCACCUUGGUUCUACAAAUCAAAGAUUUUGUGAACUGUAAUCCAAAUCCCCAUUGAUGGGGAUUUUCAGUUACUUUGAAAUUAAUGGGGACUUGCUUCCAAUAAGGUGCUUAGUAUUGGGGGAGUGGUAUGUUAUUAUUACUAUUGUUACCUUGAAAACUGUCUUGCAAAGCAUAGUGGGGACUGUAUAGAUCACAUUUUGGAGCUCAGUCCAAGUCUUGCCAGUACCAUCAAAAAGAACCAAGACUUUCAGCUUGUCUUGUAGUGUGGGACAAUAACAUUUUACAAAAUUCAAGUCUCUGUUACAUUAACCUGAAACAUAGCUUCCUUGACAACCUUCUGUAUUUCUUUCCAUGAUAAAGAUGAUUCGUAGCACUUUCUCUCCCCCCCCCCCCAAAAAAAUUGCAGUCUUGUCUGAGAUUACUGAUCAAAUUGAUCAAAUUAGUUUGACGAUUAGAGGUAGGGGGAAAGAACUACAUGGCACAACUUUUAAUACAUUCCAUCUCUGGAAAGAGUUGGGAUUCAUUGUAUGUGACAUUCUUACUCUCUCUCAGGCAAUCUGCGAAAACUUUAAUGAAUUGUAGCCCUUCAGAGACCAAAAGAAUGUUGCACUGUGUUUGCCAAAGCAUCAGUAGCAACUUUUAACAAAUCCACCGAAAAUGCCUAUGUCACAAUUCAGGGCAGUACGUGCACGGAAGCAGGCUUCCAAGCAUGUAAAUCUAGCUGGAGGGAGGGAGGUGUCUACAACCAAAUACUGUGUACACAGAUCCUCCCUCCUGUCUCAGAGGCAGGGACCGUUUGCUCAGACAUCUCCAUUUUCUUUAUUAAAAAAACAAACAAACAGCUAAGAUCUUGCAGGUGGACUUUUCAGCAUUGGAAACUGGGGUGUCUUCUAGCCAAACAGCUGGAUUGGUGGAGUUUCAUAUUUUGGAAGAAGAAGAAAAAAGAAUUUGGGGCUUGCGGGUGCUACAAAACAACAAGAUUCAAGAUGUCAUUGUCAUCUUGGAAGUUAAGCUCUUCUUUUGCUAACAGUCAUGCUGUUGGGCUUUUCCUCUGGGGUGAGUUUUACCCCAUGGUUUCUGAAUUGGUGGUUCUGCAAAACAAAUCGUUGUAAAGCUCUCUACUUUGAACUAUGCAAGGCAAAUAUUCAAAGUUAGUGUAUAUAAGCAACAAUAGAUGCUAAUAAGACUCUUUUUGUGGCUUUCUGCUAACACCUCUGCCCUGAGCUUCCAUUUCUUUCAUGGUACCAUUGGAACAGUUCUUAGCUAUGAACAGAUUUUUUUACUUGGCUCCUGUGUGCUGAAGACACGCCCCUCUCCUUUGAUGUGGCAGCUGUUAAUCAAGCAUCCAGCUGCAAGCAGGAAGUGUCCGCAAGAGACAUUUGGUUGACCUGUUACAAGCUCUUUCCUUUCCACGAGGUGCAAAACAGCGGGACAGCAUUUUAAAGUUACGGCUUUGUUGCAAAAUUUCAUUACUUUUCGCAGGAAUUUUCUUGUCAUUCUGACAGUUGAUAAGUGCAUUUACUCUUUCACAACCGAUUCACCUUUACACACAUGAGAGAAAUGUGGUCCUUAAUUGGAACAUGAUUGAGAAUGGAAUGACUAUUUAUGGAAGCUCUGAAGAUGGCUCUCUUGUACACAUUACUAUGCAAAUUGGAGACAAAAGGAUGACUUUUCUGGUGAUGUCAUGAAUGCAAAAGUGGGAAGAUGGAAGAUGUGGAUUAUCCAAAGUUAAGUUGUGGUGGGACAGUUGGAGCAAGAUUUCCUUAGAGAUGCACAUGAAAAGUAUACUUAGAUCUUUGGGGAAGAUUUGAAAAGGAACUCAGAAAUAUUCACAAUGGUGCAGCCAAGGUUGCACUUUGCUUUAGACCAGAGGUUCCCAAACUGUGGUGGUCCAUGAGCUUCAUUCAGGUGGUCUGUGGCAUGUCUGUGAAGAACACUUACAAUCUGAAUUUAAUGGAAUUCAGAUGGUAAUAAUAGUAAAGUACAAUAUAAGAAAUAAAACAAGCCAUAAAAAUACAACUAAAGCUCACAAUGCAAUUGUAAUUGCUCAUUACAAUUGCUACAACAGGCAAAUAAUAAUAAUCAAGAGGUCUGCCAAGACCCAUAGCAAUUAUCAAGUGAUCUGUGGGAAGAAAGUUAGGAAGCCACUACUUUAGACUAUGUGCAUUCCCAUUGAUGAUAAAUAAAGCAGGCCAGAGCUUUAGGAUGGAGAAACAUUGCUUUGCAUUUACAAUCUGUGUGUACAGAAAUAUGUAUGUAAAAGCUUUUUUAUGACUCUUUUUCAUUAAAAGAAAAAAAGGGUAUUGCAUAGCUUUAGGUCUUAUGUUGAGGUGCAUUCCAUGAGCCCACCCUUCUGAUAGAAUCCUUGCAGUUGAAUAUAUUCAGGGACCCAAAGAUUCUACCCACACAGGUCUCGUUGCAAAAUUGGAAGGACUUUUUUUCAGCCAUAAGCACAGCAACGUCUUGCAAUACCUUUUGGGAUCAAGCAUAGUCUACAAUAAUAAUGGAUUUUUCAGCAGACUUUUCCUAUGCACUUAACAAUCCUUUACAUAUAUGCAGUAUUAAUUAACAGUUCCAGUUUCAGCUCAAUUAGUAUUGUGUGUCUGUGUGUGUGAGUGAUUAUUUUUUUAAAGCAGGAUGUAAAAUGUUAAAUUAUUACGUUUUUGUUCCUGGAAUGGAACACUUUAGCCUUCCGAAGAACAAAUGAAGUACAAAGUUUUACAGUGGGGAUUUUAAAAAAAUAAUUUAAAAAAAUGCUCCGGAAGCUGUUACACAUUGUGUAAGCUGAUUUAAGAGCAAAUUCCCUCUUUGAAUAUGUUGAUUAAAGAUGGCAGAGAGAAAUUGAUGACAGUGCUUUCAACUGAUCGCUGAAGUUAGAAAUUUGGUUAUGCAAUAGAGUGGAGAUGGUUGCAUUAUCUACUCCUUGUUGCUGCCAAUGGAUUAUUCAUUGAGUGAGUGAAGUUCUGGAGCUGUGUUCUUCAGCUAGUCAGUCUGGAUCUUUGCAGUGAAAAAGCUUGACAGCAAGGAACAGCCAUGUAAUGAAAAGCGAGGUGUCAAGAGGGCAGACAAAUGAAGGAAUAAGCAUGCAGCGGUUAAAACCUGGUGAUUUUACAAGCAACGUCCACUCAGAAACUCUCAGGAUUAUGGUAUUUAGAAACUCUGUGAUGUGAUUUCAUUUGAUCCUGCCAGUUGUCUGUACCAUUGGCAAAUUAAUUCCUGUGCAAUAUUAUCUGAAAUUCUAACCAAAGCCUUGGCAUUUAGAAUGCAACGUGGCCUUUUAGAGAGAGAAGCAAAACCUGGAGCUUCCGUCUUCCUCAGAGGAUAACAUUUUAGCACUUUCUCUCCAAGAGGAAUCUUCCUUGGUGUGUGUAUUAUGUUAAGUAUUGUCAGGAAAUACUUCAAAGGAAAAACAAUAAUAGGACUUGUUUGGUGUAAAGCAUAUUUCUUUUUCUUUCACCAGAUACAUUGAUAGAAGCAGCAUUUUGAAGUUUAGCAUAUCAUUUUACUAUAGAUAUUUUAGAGUAAAUAUUUAUUUGACUAUGUACAGUGAUCAAACAGCAGAAAGCAAAAGAUUCUUCCCAGUGGUGCCUUACUGCUACUUAAAAGCCACUUUUAAAAUAUCCAAAUGGCUGCUGUCUUUUUUAAAACAACAACAAAAAUUAGAUCAUGUUCCCACAGCCCCCAGAAUUUCAAAUAUAAAAUUGUACUUUAUAUAUGGUGUACUGUUUGAGCCCCAUCUCUUUUCCCAUUGGUUGUCUUAUCAUCUAACCCUGAAGCCCACUGUAUAGAAAUAUUUUGGAUUUCAGUAAGACUUGUUAAAAUACUCUUUUUGGUAUGUAUAUUCAGGCAAGUUACAUAGAUCAAAACAAUUUCCAGAUAAAUGAGUUUAAGACUGAGGUCUUAAAAUGAGCAAAAGUUCAUUUUUUGAACUUUUUUCUGAAAAGAACAUUUUUUGAACCCUACAUACGUUUUUAUAUGUGAGAGAAUGAAUCAAAUGGAUCGUGAACUUACAGAGCAAGUUUCAUUAUAUAAUACAGAGCUUUCUAAACGUUCCCCAUGCUCCUCCCAGGGCUGGAAAGGGGUUCUUUACUUUAACCUCUUGUUUACUAGUAAAACUGAAUUACUGUGUCGUGAAAUGAUGCAUGCCUAAAAAGUGUUGUCACCAACGUGAAAAGUUUGGAAACCUCUGAUAUAAUACAUACUCACCACUUUUUUUACAUAUGAGAUUGCACAGGUGUAUUAGAGUAAAACAAUGCCCAUAAUGUAAAUAAGAUUCUUUUCUAUUUGACUUUGCUUUGUGUUAUUAACAUGCAUAUCUUAAAAUAUGUUAUCACUGUGACUCAAAUUGUGAGAAACCAGGUAACAAAUAAACUCGUGUCUGUCCAAAGCAAAAAUAAAAAUAAAAUUGGAGCAACUCUUUUGUCAGA